AUGCAGGGGAAGGUGGCGAGCGUUUUUUGCACGGGAUGCUGGAGACUAACGCUGCUGUCGUGCGUCCUGGCUCUGCACUUGAUCCCGCUGACUGUGCACGGUAAGAAAGCUGUUAUUUAUGUUGCAUUUCAACCGUGCAAUGACAAUCAAGCUGAAUUUCCGUGCAGCAGCAGCAGCAGCAUGUCCACACUGUAGGAUUCAGGGUACACACUCCCAUAGAGGCGUCAGAAAGGAGGUCAGUGAGGCUCUGGAUUGUAGGUUAGGAAAGCACUUUGCACUCAAAUCACACUUCUCUGCAAAAAUAUCCUUUUCCAGUCACUGGAAAUUCAACAUUAAUCGGAUUUGGACAAUCUGUCCUAAAAAUCUUUGAGUAAAGAGUGUCUUUGUAUCACACUAAAGGAGUAUUCCAACAAUUUUCACGUUUCAUUUUAAAGCCUCAGGGACUAAAAUGUCACAACUGUGUCGUUGUGGAACCCUUUGUUCCUGUAGGACUACUCUUCAGAUGUCACUCCAGUCCAAAAAGCGCAUGAAGCGAAAUUAGGUCACAAUAAGACACAAGUAGACAGUCCUAAAUCCUUAUGAAUAUUAUGGAGACACACAGGAGGAGGAGGAGUAGGAGGACACAACAUUUAGGUCAAUAUAAAUUCAUUGGACACACCACAAGAGCAGAGAUUAUGUGACAUUCAUUCAGAAAUCAUAAGAUUUCCAGCAUAAAAAACAUAUUGAUGGGAAUUUUUUUGCACAAUGAGGUCACUAUCAGCUCCACGCUGAGUGUGGCAGACAUUGUAAGUCAUCAGACAGCAUGGGGGGUUAAAAAAUGUCAUUCAACUCAAUCCAGACACCCAGCAGAUGAAACAUUUUGGGAGGAAAUCAAAGCAAAACCAGGUCACUGAACGAACACCAUGAGCCGCUGUGAGAGAUAUGUGAAAGGAGAAAUUACAGAGAUGUGUGAGAGUGACAGCGGCCAGCCGAUGCAGUAAACCGGAUCCCUGGAGGCGCACUGGCACUACAGCGACACAAAAGCGAGGAUUAGAGCCCGGGGACCUGAUGAAUAAUUCAUGAGGGGAUCUGGACGCACAUUCUGAUACACACAGAGAGGCAAAAACACACACGAGUAAACAUUAGAAAAAGAGGCUGGCUUUGUUUGAGCGGCGAGCGACAUUACUGUCAGAUUAUUAAUGCAGGAGCGUGCACGCGAUGGAAUCACUGUGGCGUUAUAAUCCAAUAUAAUCUGGCUGAUUUUUGUCAUUGGCUGAGAUUCAUGGUGUGUUAUGGCAAGGUGAUGUCAAAAACACGGACGUGUGUAUGAAGGGGAGGAGUCACAUCAGUGGAGCAUCAAAGAGAAGUCUUACCCGCCAGGUGUAAAUCUACCUGUACGUCAAAUGAGGCUGUAAUCAUGAAUUGGAGAGCAAUGAGGGGAUCAUUUAGAAGGCCCGACCGAUCGACAAAUCAGUAAUCGGCAAAAACUCGCCGAUUUUCGCCGAUGUUUUUAGAAAUAAAAUGCAGAGAAUAAGAUUCGGUGUGGGGGGUAGAAGUUGAAAACGCUUUUAUGGUCGGAGUUUGAUCAGUCGGUCUUCCUGUCGGCGUGAAGAGCAGUUGUUAUCCCAAGACAGUAUAGACCACGCUCAUUGUUUGACCCAACCUUAAGAUGGGACAGAUUUGACCUCAUCUAUCAUGAGCGACAGUGGUGAGGAAAAACUUCCUUUUAACAGGCAGAAAUCUUGAGCAGGACCAGACUCAUGUAAGACAACCAUCUGCUGCUGAGUAGUUAGGGGGAAAUACAGAGAGAGUGGAGAGAAAGAGAUAACUCGAAAAUAUUCUGUCACCACUUCCUUGUUUUUGGUCAGGGUUGAUGUAUGACUGACUUAAAUCUGCAGCUUCUUAUUUAUACAUACAGACAAACUGACGUCUGUGCAGGAAGUGUCUGUAUCUGUGUGUUAGAUGGAGGUAGAAUGUAAACAUGCAUGCAAGUCACAACACUGCAGCUGAAUUGAAAGUAGCUUUGUAUAACCCUGCACAUGUACAUAUACAUUUCCAGUAUUGGAGCCCCCCCCCCUCUGCUAACACUGAUUCAGCUGUCCUACAGUCCCUCUCUUCUCUUUGUCUCUGUAAUAAUUGCAGUACAAUGAGCUGCUGCUCGGCAUUUAUCUGCUUCAGCUCCGACAUGAUAACUUUGGGUUCAGCUGCCGUAGAUUCACAAACAAGUUAGUUAGGAAUAUGAAAGAGGCCGCCGACUUUGACAACUCAAACUCUUCUUCAACGUCUUGUGAUUCUUUAACCCAUAUCUCAAACAUGCUUUUAUGAUACCGCAAGAAACCUGCAUGUCCGAUCCUUUUUGACUGUUGCAUGUAUCACAAUAUGAAGUAUUGAAGCGACAUCAACUGAAUUGGACUAGCUUAAUUUAUACCGCAUGGAAACACACUGGAAACUAGAAAACCCGUCUAUCCUCAGAGGAAACUCGGUGAACCUGUUUUUUUCUCGGUGAGGCUGCACUUUGGCUCUUUGCUGCUUUGAGUUCAAUGAUGCUAAUCAGGUGUAAUUAGGACCUAAACGGUUCUGACCUCUGAGUUUACUUUAAAGGGUCGUAACCUCCUAGUUUUUUGUGCUGGCUGCAUGUGGAUGUGAUUCCCCAACUUAAGGAAAUUACUGAUUUAAGAGAAGAAACAUGUAUGAAUAUUUAACCUUCAUGUCUCGGAUAUUAGUGAUAGAAACAAUCAUGGAGGGGCAUUUUAGUACAUCCAUAGUUUUGCACAGAAAGAAACCACACUUAAAGGUGAAUUUGACACGCAGCUAUGUGAUUGCAUUCACUGGUAAACGCAAAUGUUUGAUGAUUAUGCACAAAUGCAGGAACUAAAAGUAAAAAUGCACGCUCUUUAAAUAAGUCAUUUAAGCCUUGUCUUCUUCAGGUGUGGUUUUUUCUCACUGAGCGUCAAUCAGGUGCAUUUCGAACAAACAGACUUUGGCAGAUCUGGUUCUGUAGAUGCUGUAAAACAACCUUGGGCUAACCCUCCGUCUCCACCCCCUCUACACACACACACACACACACACACACACACACACACACACACACUCAUUCUUGCUUCACUGGUGGAGUUCGGAGGCAGCAGCUUCCCCCACAUCUGUGAAUGAAGCAGACCAGAAUCCUGUCAUUUUCUGUCAUUUUUUCCCCGCUGUUGUUCAUUUACUGCUCUCUGUCUGAGUCCUCUGUCUGCUUUAUGCAGAUAAUUAGCACCUCCAUCCCAUCAUCCUCCCCCUCCCCCAUGCAUGGUUAAACUAGCAAAGGUGAUUGGUGGAAUACCGGCAUCUUAUUCCUGCGCUGAAAUUCGUACAUGUGCUGCUUUUUAAAUGCCCUUCUUCGCUCCUCUUCUCUCUUCCUCCUCCUCCUCCUCCUCCUCUCGCUCUCUCUGGCCCGCUGACACAUAUCUCCUCACUGGCAGAUCAUCUUUGAUGUGCAGUGGGUUAAUCUUCCAGCCAAAUCCUCCCACCAUGACACCACUAACCCAAUCUUUUCAUUGUGGCGUGGAGAACAAGAGAAAAAAAACACACAUUAGAAAAAGAAGAAUCCUGAAAUGUUCGCCGCCACUGCUCUGGUUAUUUGCGAACAAUGGCUUUGCACAUUCUCCUCUGCAUCCUCUCUGUCGCCAUGGAAACCACACACAUCCUUCAACACCGGCUGGCAGAACAGCAUGUUCAUAUCUCAGCACAUAAAUUCUCUGCACUUGGAAUUCCAUGAAGGCUGAAAACGUUGGUCAGAUUUUGGCACACGCUGAAAUCUUCUGGCCGAAUGUGGCGGCUCGACGCCUUCUGACCACGCAUGAGUGUGUGUUUCUACGUGAGUGUGUGUGUGUCUGGAGCCACUGGCAAUGGGUGUAGUCCAUCAUUACCGGGUCUAAUUGGUGGAUGAUAUCAGUAUUCUGCUGGUGUGUUCAUUAUUUCUGCGUAGUGAUUCCAUGAGUCGCUCUCGGUGUCUGAAUCUCAGCAGAUUCACACGUUUUACUGUCGGCUGUGAAGACAUCAAUUUUGGACUCUUAUUCAAAGAGCAAAAUAGAGGAAGGUGUUUAUAGAUUAUUUACAGUUUGCCUUUAAAUUAUUGUGGUAGCGUCUUAAAGACACUGGAAACUGCAGACAUCAGUGCAGAUUAUACGUACGGCCAUGUAAGGUUUGUAACCGUACUUGAUAUCGGGUUAUGCUUUAGGUACCUACAAUUAAAACAGAAGAAUAUUAACGCAGCUGGUGAUUAAUAAACACUAGAUGCUGAUGAUUAUAUGUAGUUGUCUCUUUGGUGGAGGUGGUGUCACCAAAAGGAGCCCCUGUCAUGGGGCGCUCACACCAAGUGCGAGUAAAAUCAUCUACUCGCUUUAUUCAUGCGAAUCUUGACACGUGAAUGAACAGUAUUUACACGCUUCAUUCGUGCAUCAACAGUCAUUUUAACGGUAAUCCUGCCAAUUUAACCAGCGGGAUCAUGUGAUAGACGAAGGUUUUUUACAAAUUACCAGGUAAUCCGACCUCCUAACUCAAUUGCAUCCAGACGAGCUCCUUUUUAUUCCGGUUUCGGUAAUUGAACGAAAAGGUAUCAUAUAAUUCGGGGAACCCACACACCAACAUGAUCAGUUUGUCCUCCAUUUUAGUGACAGUGAACAACCGUCUGUUUUCAUACGUCACCCGGGAACCUUUAUGCUGAUCGGAUCAGGACGCGAAUAUCUGCUGAAGCUGAGAUAUUUUCAACUUUUGCAAAUUCGCAUUUUCGCGAAUAACUUUAACAAUUCACUGCGCCAAAUUGGCGUCAUUCAUGCCAGCAGAGUAGUACGAGCGUCUAAUUGCGUCUUUGCAUCGACUUAACAUUUGAUUCAGUCACGCAAAUGAUUUUACUUGCGCUUGAUGCGUGGAAACAGUCACACAUGCUCUGCACAUUGGGUCUACUAUUAUUAUAAUAUAUUCACUAGGCAAGAAUCAAAUCAUUGACAGAAGUGUGUCCACCUCCACUACAGUAGGUGGUAAAACUCCCCGUUUCAGCUCGUUAUGAAUCAGCUGAUGUGUUUUGUAUCAAAAUAGAAAAAAAAACACGUAAGCAAAAGGCUAACAGGAUGACACCUCUGCGGCUCUGUGUCGUUUGUUAGGAAAGUUUUGUCUUUUUGGCGACUUCUCUUCAUCUGUUGAGGUUUUGUUGACUACCUGUCAUCCUAGCAACGCAUCCAUCCUAUUCAGCUUUCAGCUCGAAGCCUAGCAUGCAAACACUUGGGCAAGUUUUAGCCCGAUUAAGACACAUGGAUGACAGAGAAAAUCAAUCUCAGACUGCAUCUUCCAGGUACAUUAGUCUGACUAUAAGAAGUUUGAUUUUACUGUGUUUACCUGCAUUUUAGGUUUAUGUUUGUGAGGAAAUUCUGCUGUUUCUUCUUUGUCUUCUCUCUGCGGCAGCCAGUUUACAAACCCACUCUCACCGCCUGCUGUGAACCAUUUAGAUCUACUUUCUACGUAUUUUUAGCUGAAUAUAAAUAUGUGCAGUAGCUCUGAUUGACAUCCAGACUAGUCACAGUUGUCACCUGAUGAUUCACCAGAUCCCUGCUCCAAACUGCUGAAGCUCUAAUGAGUCCUGUUAGCAGAGUAAUUAGCAGUAACAGGCAUGAUGUUAGACGACUGAAAAACUGCAGUCAGAGCUGUUGUGUGUCGAGUCAGAGGUUUUCAGUCUGAUGCUCUGUGACACUAACACGAGUACAGACAACAGUGGGCCUUAUAAUGUGUCUGUAAAACGUAGCAGGAUGUAUUAAGGCGGUACAUUGAAAAUUUUAUUGGCCCUGUUGUUGGUUAAUGAAAGCUGUGCUUUGUCUGAUGUGGCAUAAAACAGUUUCCACUCGGAGGGGAACAUUUGUGUUGUGUUCGGUUAGCUCAUUAAUAAUGUCAAUCUUGCUCUUCAAACUGAUCCUGCUGCAAAAAACAAUGAGAGUCGUGUUUAUAAAGCGACGCUGAGUGAUUAGAAACAGCAUCCUCUGGAACAAAAAGCAUUUUGCCACGUUUAUGGUUUAACUAAAAAGUUAUGAAUAAUGAAAUUGUACAACGAGCUGAAUUGCAAGUUUUCUCCCCGGGGAUCAUGUUGGGACAGAAACUUUUCCCUUAGCGCUGAAUUUGGAUUUAUGAGCGGCUAUUACGGGCAUCAUCCCAGAUAAACCUGCUCUCUGAAAACAUAGUGAUCCUAAUCUCAUUUGUACUAUCCUCCCACCUGGAUCUGCAUGCAGGUCAACGUUAGCAUACGUAGCUUUGCCCUGACUCGACCCAACCAGCUGCUGGAUUCUCUUGGAGUUACAGUGUGCAGAUGAACCGUACGUGGAGGCACAAGUUCAUAUGUCCCUGAUUUCCUCUCUCCAGCCCAAACAAUGACACUUUACAUGACAGAUCUGUAACUACGUCUUGGUAGAGGAUCAUAUACAUUUAAAAUUUAUGAUAUCAAACCUCUCGUUUUAUGAUUAAAAUGUGCUUUCAACACAUUCAGACAAAGAAACUGAAAAUUUCCAACUCCAGGGCUCUUCACAUUUUUCAAAUCUGAUCUUGUAUCUAAAGUAAUUUAUUGGGCUGUAAUGACUCGACUAAUCAGAGCACUGCUGUAAGCUUGUUUCAGACUCCACAACUUUGUAGCUUAACUCAAAUCCAUUUAAACAUGACAAUAAUCUGCAUACCAGUGAGGGGUAUUAUGUACAGACUGCAUAAAACAAGGAUACAUCCCAGUGACGUCAACCCUUUAGGAGGUCGAACUAUAAAAGUUUGGCCAAACUCGACUCAAAGUUGGGCGCCGAAGUUGAACUUUUAGCCUCCUGGAUAACAGCAACCAUGCACCUACAGUCACACUCCUAUGUGUGCAAAAUAAACAAAACUUUUAGCCUAAAUCUGAUCAAAACAGAGGAGUUAUGAGGAAAUGCAAACACUUUACAGUGUGUCUGAGCAACAAAAUGAGUUUCUAGAAAAAACUGUUUAUUGUACCAGACUGUAAGGAUGUUUAAAUCAGCUGUAAAGUUGACUGUGUUAUCAUAGGUGUUGAUGGAGUCUCCUGAGUUUUCGGGGACGGCCUCAAGUGGACACAUGUGGAACUGCAGGUUUUUACACCUUUGCUUUAGAGGUCGUUCCUUGGGGUAUAAACAUGAAAUUAACCUUAUUAAUAUUAAAAUAUAGUUUAUCAUGAGUAAAAUAUCACAUAGUAUCUUGAAGCUGAGGAGCUUUUCUUGUGUGUGUCACCAAAUCGAGUUUUUGACUGUGACACAACCUUGAAUGACAAACUUCAAACUCUCUAAAACGCCGUGUCAUCCGUCAGUCCUCUGAGCAGGUGUUUCUCCUCAAUGUCAUCACCCUCCUCAGCCUCCAGGUGAUUUUCCUCUUUUUUUUGGGAGCUGCAGUGCUGACUCACAGGUGUGACAGUUGUGUUGGACGUCAUUGUCAUCGUCCUUGUCAGUUUUUUUUCUCUAACAGGUGGGAAGAGGUCAUGAAAAAAAGUUUCAGGAGCAGCCGGACAGUGACAGGCUGAUUUCUCCGUCCUUUCUCCUCAAAGUCGAAAUAAUUAGCGUACAGUACAAGUGCUUUUUUCUUUUAGCGGUGCUGAGUUGGCGUUGUUCUCAAACUCUGGCUGCCCUUGAACAGUAAUUUACAUGUUUGUGUGUGUGUGUGUGUGUCCAUGUGGGCGGUUUGUGUGUCAGCGAAGAUGAAGGGAGAGCUCAUCUUUUUGUUCAUGCGUAGGUUUUCACCUGUCUCUGUCUGUGUGUGCGCUACUGUAAGCCGCUUUCUUCUGUCCACAACCGUAAAAUGUGUGUUGGUUAAUGUGUUGUGUAGGUGUGAGACUGUCUGUGUGUGUGUGUAUGUGUGUGUCCUUGCUGAAGCGAGUCAUUGAGUUCACACUCGUGCACACGCUCCUCUCUCGUCUCCUCCGCCUAGAGACUGUGCACGCCGCUCGUUCCUCCUCGGCUCUCUUCUUCUGCAGACUGUCAUAUUAGCGUUCAGUCUGCCCAUCACAAUGCUCUGUAAACACACAUGUACAACACACACACACGCACACACACACACACACACACACACCUGUCAUAGUAAAGGAAAAAAAAAACAGGCUCUGCAGAGAGGCUGUGAUUCAGAUGGGAGGAUUCAUGUUUGAUGCUGUUGUCUGGGUUUAUGUCGAAACGUGCACAAAAUCAAAAAUACUUCAAUAUCAUAAAAUACGAUUCUAUAACACACUAUAAAAUAUCAUAAUAUACAAUAUCAUAACAUAACACAUAGUACCAUAACUUGACCUGAAACAAAUGUCAAUUGAUCGGUUAGUGAUUAAAGAGAGGGCUGAAACAUUUGAAAAGAGUUAAAACUUCUGAAAUCAAUAUUAUCACAAUGGUAAAAAUACAAAACAAAACAGAAUUUUACAAUAUCAUACAGUUGGUAACAAUAAUUCACACUACAAAAUAAUAUGUAACAAUACAAUCACUAAUAACUAAGACGAAGACGAGAACGGCCAUGGAUUUUACUUUGUUUUUAUGCAUCGUUACCUCGUGAUAACGACUAAUCUUGUUAUCUCGAUAUAACAAAGUUCGCUUUUGUGUGAUAAAGAUUUUUUGUUAUCUCGACAUUACAAAGAUUGUUUUCACUGAAAACCCCUGGUUGCUGUUGACAACGGUGGCGGCGGUGUUUCAGAAGUAUCCCAAUCUGGAGAGCGUUUCAGGAAGUUCGCGUUUGAGGUCGGCCAAAACGCCAUUCCUGCUAUCACGAGAAAACAAUCUUUGUUAUGUCGAGAUUACAAAAAAAUUAUUUAACUUAAAACAAUUUUCUAAAUUGAGAUAACAAGAUAACAAGUCGAUAUCACAAGAUAAAAGUGCAUUAAAAAUAAUCCAUUCUGUUCAGGUUAUGGUACUAUACAUUACAGAACUUUACCAAACAAUAUGUUACAAAAUAAUACAUAGUAUAAUAGGAAAUGCAACAAUACGAUAACCUAAGAAACAAUGCAUUAUCAUAUGACAUGAAAUACCGAGCAUUAGGAUAUGAUACUUAAUGUGCAGUGAUAUGAUACAAAUACUAAUAUAUCACAGUACAAUACCAACCAAUGCAUUAUGAUGUGUUUUUAAGACAACUUAUUACACCACCACCCAAAAAAAUAUAUAAAAGUAGUUUCAUGACAAAACGUUAUGAUUCUUUAUAAAACAGCUCAUUACAGUUUUGUACAAAAUGCAACAAUUCCAUAUGUUAGGAUGUGAUAUGUAAAACUACUGAUACGUUACCUUAUAUUAUAAUACUUCUGUUCAAGUGCUGCAUAUAUUCAGCUGCACCCUCAAUAGUACCAGUAAAUACAUGAAUUUAAUAAUACAGUAAAAACCAAGUGUGCACAGGACCAGUAGGCCCAGUAUAGAGACAGGAUGAGUGUAUGGGAGGAGUUGUGUUAGCAUUGCGUGAGUAGAAACUCUUAGAGAGACAUACACUCACCCGUACAUGCUGCAGUUUAAAUUGACUGACCGCUCCAAACCGGGUCACAGAGAGGGAGAAAAUGUCUCUAUGAGUGGAGACGCAUGGAUGCACACAUGUAGCAUGCACUUACCAUUUGCACAAACACACAAACUGAGCCUAUGCAUGCAUAUGUUUUGCAUGCAUGGCCACACACACACGUGCAUGCAUGCGCACGUUUCCACAGAAACACACAUAAGAGGUGCUCGGUAUCGCACCCUUCAGCCUCUUCAUAUAUAUAAUGUGUGUAUAAAGUGUGAUAGUGCAUUAAUGCAAGUGUGUGUGUUUCCCAUGGCGCACAUGAGUGUGUUUCUAUAAUGCAGAUCUUGUUGAGUUUUUACACAACCCCAUCAGCUCUGGAGAGGCCGGGACCGUUUCCAUGGCAACACGUCCUUCCUCCAUCCCACCACCUGUGGAGUCAGAACUGGAAGGAUUUAUGCGAAUAGAUGGAGAUAAAAAAAGAGAGAGAGGGAGAGAGAGAGAGACGCACGGAGAAGGAAGAGAGGAAAAGAGGAGCGAAAGAAGACGAGAUGGAGGAAGAGCGAGGAAGAGCGAGGGCAUCUGGUGUAGAAUCGAUGCCGAGGUUUUCAAUUAGAGCUGAAUGCAGAGCGAUGCAUUUCCUCUUUAUAUCGAUAUUAAUGAGCGGCGUUAAGUAAAGAUAAAAAGCCUCAUGUGUUAUUCAUCAGUGAGUAAGUGUGGGAACGAGGGAAAGGAGGAGCGUGUGUGCGUGCGUGCGUGUGUGUGUGUGUGUGUGUGCGUGCGUGUGUGUGUGUGCGUGUGUGUGUGUGUGUGUGUGUGUGUGUGUGUGUGUGUGUGUGUGUGUGCGUGUGGUUCUCCUGAGGUUCAGGUAUUUGAAGCUAAAAUCGAUGAGAAUGAUUUGAAGAGGCUUUCUCUCCUGAAGCUUUAUGCUUGUUCAUUCAGGAUCAUCGCUCCUAAUGGUGGUCUGCUCGGUGCAGACAUUUUCAUAAACUGAAGAUAAUCAUCUCUGUGUGUUUUUAAGGCUCAUAGUAUUUAAAAAAACAGGCAGUAACACACUUCAUCGAGGCCACUCUUUGUUUUCCAUCAAUUAGCCGAUACUGUUUAAAAUCCUAUUUGUUCAAGUUAUUUAAUUUGCAAGAAAACAAGAUCAUGUUCACACCUCGUCUGCAUGCCAUGGUGAUGGCUGACACUGAACCGUGAAGUGACAAAUGCAAGUCCACGGUCGUUAGAGCUGUGUCACUUAUGCUGUACAGCUGAGAACACACAGAGACACAGAGACACUUCCAGCAGCAGAAGACUGUAGCUCCUAAUGCUGCUGUGAACGAGCGUCUCUGAAAACCCUGACAGCAUCCAGUGUAUCCUUCAGUACUGCUCGCUAGUUUUUGCAGUGCUGUUUGAAUUUGUGAUCGCCGAUUCAUAAUUGUGUAAUAUCGUCUUUGUCUCCAAUAGCGCCCUGACUUCAACAGUGGUCCAUUUGUCAGCGUUUUUCUCAAAUCUUAAUGGUUUCAGAGGUUUUACUGUCAGUUAUUUACUGGUUUUUCGCUCAUCUUUGGCGUAGGAUUAAAAAAUCCCACCCCAAAUUUCCUCCGCUUGCAGAAUGGCGGCGAAAUGGCCAUCGGCACCGAUCGCCUCUGAACGUUUCCACUCAAGUAAAUGUGUCAAAUCCCACCGGCUUCUUUCUGGCCCCCCUUGGGUUCAGCAGGCUUCGAAGCUGAUCACCAGCCGAUCGUAUUUUUUCCGGACGCCGCAGCAUGGCGCAUAAAUUCAGCACAGAUUAACCCGUGCUGGAAAGGAAGUCGGAAACAGACACAAAAUAAAACAUCUGACUUCUUCCACUCCAGGUGGAUUGUAUUUCACACCAUGUAAACGUGGGCGGGGACGAACAAGUCAAAUGUUUUCAGACGUCAUUUCACCCCGUUCAUGGAUGCGGAGAUGCUGAUUCUAGAAGUCUGGAAGUAGAUUUCCUCCUCUGGAAGGACACAAUCUACUGCUUAUGUGGUUAUGUGUCUGUCUUUAUAGAGACAACUCGUUAAUGACAACGACAAUCGCUGAUGUUCUGGAAUGAUGCCGUUCCACAUGAGGUAUAAAUUUGGGGUAAAAGGUUCCUCUAAAUGAAGUUCUAGGAGUUAAACGUUUGUAGUUCCUGUGGUGCAGAAUCCCAGAACUGUAAAAAAGUUCCUUCAGUCUGAAAACCUCUGUUGUAUCUCGGAUGCUGGUCCAGAUUUGGUCCCACCAUCACAGAGCCAUAAUUUCGGCGUCCUGAACUUGCGUUACAUCAGUGCCCAGAGCUUGUUUUAAGUUCGUCUCAACUCCAUGGUGUGUCAACUUUACCAGACGUUUAGUUGUUAUCAUGAAGUCAGCAGAAGUUUUGACAAAGUAGAAAAACUAGAGGGAAUAGAGGGUCACCAUGACAACAGAAACACGUAUAAAGAUGUCACCACCAAACCCUCCGCCAUCAAACCUCCAUAUUGUUUCCACGGGAGCCCUAAACCUUUUGUUUGUCCUUUCCCCUCUCCCCACAGUCUGGGUCAGCAAACUGCCCGGCGGGUCUUAACUGUCACACCCAAUCAGGUUCCUCUUUACAGUCUGUCACAGCCAAUCAGAGCGCCGCGGGUCUGUGGGUGGUUUAGUGGCUUCCCUUCUCCAAACUGAUCCGCGACAGACAAAAGGCGAAGCCCGAGGGCCGGCGGCUCGCCAGCGCAGGCUAACAGCACUUGGCCUUGAGGCGCCAUCACCCCAGAACAAUCAGACUGACACACACACACACACACACACACACACACACACACACAUAUACACACAUAUACACACACUGUAAACGAGCCAAAAUCUUCUCAUUAUGACCAUCCACACCCUUCACAAGAGAAGCUGGAAGUCACCCCAAUUACCAGUGGGUUAUACUGGCAGAGAGACAAACACACACACACACACACACACACGGUCACUAGCAUAAACAAAGUAACAACCUCCUGAUGUCACGCUGUUUGAGCGCCUCAUGUAAGGUGGGAGAAAAACAAACAAAGACUCCUUUAUCCCGUCCGUCUCGUCUCAUUUGGGUCUCAGCUGCUUCGUCCUGGACCCGGACCCAGUCUGACACCCUGAACUGACUCGUCCUGAGUCGACCCAACGGGGACUCGGUCUAUUUUGCCAGCUCCGCGGCUCUAAUUGGGGGAAAAACAUGCGGCUCAUUGUUGGUUCUGAUAGGCUUGCAUUUUUGAAGAACUAAUUGCAGAACCGGGUUUCUGUGAAGUUGAAAAAUGAAUUUGAUCGACUCAUUUAGUCUUUUAUCGAGUUUGGGGAUGUUGUUUUUCCUGUAAUAGCCAAAGACCCCAACCCAGAGUUCAAGUUAGUCUGUUUUAGUUAGUUUGGUAUUUAGGCUGAGAAAAAUACUGACGUAAGUCGGCAAAAAUUCACAAAACUAUGUCGGUCUGAUGAGGCAGUUUCCAUCUUUGUUUGGUUUCAUAUCUUUACAAAGUGAGCGUUUUGGGAUUUGAGGUUUCUGAAUACAAUUAUUACAGAGCUAGAGAGGCCAAAUUUAAUUGUUUUCUCACAUUUAAUCAACAUUUGACUGAUUAUAAAAGUAUGUGUUUGUUAGUAUGUUUGUUAGUAUGUUUACAUGCUGUUUAUUUGCCGGGCAAAAUGACGUGGGUUAUUGUCGUAAACUUUGGUAUCGGUAAAUUUUCGGUUUAUCGCCCAGCCCUAAAUUGUCCUCAGGUUAAGGGUUUCACCAACUAACCGACUCGUCCACUAUCUGAACCACCUGUUGGCUCUAUGGGAAACUACCAACAAGUCUAAUAGUCCUUAAGACAGGUGAGGGGUCUGACGUUGGCUCUGACUUCUUUGUACGUAGUUCCCGCUUCAUUUUGCGCGAUUUACAGCACGUUAAAUAACUUAUUGAAGCGAUUCAAACUGGAAUUAACUAACUUCAUUUAUCAUGAAUCAGAAUCAGCCCUUUAUUGUCAUCAUACUGAAGUACAACGAGAUUAGAGAGCUUCUCCAUUUCUAGUGCAAUAGAUUCGUAAAAAUAGAGAAAAACAAAAUAUAUACAAGAUGAAAUUCUUCAGUCCAGUGCAAAUGUACAGUAACUAUAUUGAAAAACAAAUCUUCUGUGUACCAAAUUUUCUCUCUCGAUCCGCCAUGUUGCUCCUAAACCAGCUGUCCGUCAAAAGGUCUCUCCUCGUUAAUCCAAUUAAGCUAACGAGGGGGUGAAAGGGAGACAUCUCCACUUAACUGGAGCUCAGUCCAGAAGAGCACAGAGAAGAGUUUGGCUCACUGACACCACCAGGCCUUUCGCAGCACGCCGCCUUAACUCUGACAGUGAGUUCGUGUUCGUGUUUGAUAAUCUUCCUGUUAAUUUGCUGCUGGUGUGAGAUUUUGCUCUGUACCUGUGAACUGUUCAGAGUCCGGGGAGAAAGUUGGAACAUCUAAACAGUUUGGAGUAACUUGGACAUGAAGCUCGUCCAGACUGUCUUCUGCUGUUUUCUGUCUCAGCUCAAUGUGAUGCAAUAGUCGGAUAAUGGCUUGGUUUUAGUUCACAUUGUUACCGUAGUGACAGUCAGGUGUUUUAAGAGUGUGAAUCAGGACCUUUCCAGUCUGUAGUGCAGGGAUGGACAAUCAUAUGCCAUGGAGGGCCGAGAGGCUGCAGGUUUUCUUUCCAACCCAAAACUCCACCAGGUGAUUUCACUGAUGAGUCCCUGCUCUCUGCUUGGAGGUCAUCAGUGAAAUUUGCGUGUUCUGCAAAUUCGAGUCGCCUUUCACCUGUGCAGGAAUCCCACUCAGCCUGAUGUUCUCCUCAAUCGUCUAACAAGGCGUCAAAACAAUGUCGACCAUAAGCUCUGGGAUCGAUUCGCUCAGUAUCAUCAAAUAUCCUGCACUCGUACACAUGUGCACCAUGUGACUAAAUCCUGUGUCACAAGAAAAAGGGAUGUACAGAUGUCAAACUUCCUGUAGUGAACUCUAGGAGUCUGUCUUUCUAUACUGGGAGUCUGCUGGUUUUUAAAGAUCAUCUGAUGGACAGCUGACUCAUUCUCAGCUGCGCCGAUUUCCCGUCUUCUGGUUCCACCCAGACUCCACCUCUGUUUAUCCGAGUAGGAUUGUAAAACCCCAAAGCAGUGCCAAAAAAUGAGGCAGUGGUACAAACCAGACAUAGUCCAGUCCGGCUUAAAAUAAGAGGGUGAGGUUAAGAAAUGAUGUCCAAGAUUGUGUGAAAAAAAGGUGACUAUUUGUUUGGUAACAGUGUCAAGUUUGUGAAUGGGUUUUGGUGAAAUCAGGUCAUCGUUGCCUUUUUAAUAUCGGUUCAGUUUUUAUGGGAUGAUCCUUCAGGUGUCAGGUGGAACCACUUCUCUGUGAGAAACCACAUCACUGCUGCAUAUAAAUCCAAGUUUUCCAUUUACUUUCAUCCAUCUGGUCGACAUGAAGAUAUCAGUAAAAUUUGAGGAAUUUGAUUCUGGAGGAAAAAACAAACUCACUUCUGGAAACACAUCGACUUACAGCUAAAACAGGCAGAAUUAAGAGCUCAUGCUGUGAGGGGAUAUAAACUGCAGGAUACUGUGUUGCGUCAUAUUGUGUAACAUCAUGUCAUGCUGUAUUUUUAUGCAUUUAUCUGGCGCCAAUUCACAGCAAGUGUUUCCUCGUAUCUCAGAAAAUCCACUGUUAGAAAGUCCUCCUUUUGAACACGUCUGUCUGCAGAUCGAUCAUUUCGCACAAGUCUGUACGAAGAGUCCAGUGGUCUGGUUUGUCUCCUGGACUGGAUGCAGAUUUAAUGAUCUCUGUGGAGUGUUUCCUCUUCAGAUGCAGAAAUAGGAGCGAAAGAGCCCACAGUAGAGAAUAUAAGUCCUCGUUAGUAAAGUGGACAGUAUCUCCGCCUGUCACGCGGAAGACCGGGGUUCGAUUCCCCGACGGGGAGAAUAUUCCUUUAGAGAAUUUCCCAGUUUGAGAUCAAUAAUCUAUCAAUCUAUCUAAGCUCAUGAAAGCGGCGUCCUCACUUUCUCUGUCCCUCACUUUGUCACAUCCUUCCCUCGUUUCUUCACCAUGUGUCACUUCUCCGUCCCUCAUUACCUCCUCUCCUCAGCGCUGCGACCAUUAGCGUCUGUUUCCCGGCGUUUCUCUGCGUUGUUAUUCAUCAGACACGAUGAGGAAUGUCAGUCGUCUUUACGGCGAACUGAGAUUUACCCUAACUGCACGACAAACUGUCACUAAAUGAGAGUGUCGCUGUCAAAGUGAGACAUAAUAUGAAGGGAAAUGCAGUUUGAUUGUUCUUGUGUGUAUUUAAGAUUGAGGCAGACAUCAUCGGCGAUCAUUCAGGGUGUAAAAACGCUCCUCUGUGUUUGAACUGAAGCCGGUUUCUAAGACGAGGGAGUGUGUUUUUGGCGUGUCUCUCGGGGCUGCUCGGUUGAUGUGUUAAACAGCAGUGGAUUGGGGGACUGCUGCAGGGAUUAGCCCUUGAACGACCCCGGCAUCAAAGACGCAGCUGAACGCUGCUGCGCCAGAAAACAACAUCUUUAAUAAAGCGAAGCCUUCCACCUGUCGAACGGCUCGUGGAGGGAAUGACAGCCUCACACCUGAUGGAAACAGAGACGCUCACAUUCAGGCGAUUUGGUGAAGGAUGAUUUUUUAGACAUGCAUGAAGACAGUUUUAACAUUUGAUAUCCUGCUUUAUAUUCACACACGAUUCAGCUCCAUUUAUACUCAUGCAAAAGCAGCUGGAACAAGAGGGUCAAAUUUUGCGGCUGUUUGAGAUCCAGUUUUAGUUUUUGCACACAGCUCUUUAAAGAUUAAUGUUUUGUCUCUUUAAUCUAAUCAGCUGAUUAGAAAAUGAGUAAAGACAAAUGUCAGGACUCUGACCGUAGUUUGAUUUCUUAGCCUAGACUCUCCUACGAUGCAAAGAGCUCGUUACAAACUGAUAAAAGAGGUAGAAAUGCUUCUUUUAGGGCUGGGCAAUAUGGCCUCAAAUCAAUAUCACAAUAUAUUGAUCAGUUCACCUCGAUAGCGAUAAAUGGAUGAUAACUACUCCACAAGCUGCUCACCCCCUCCCACAUUAACUUCGUCUACUUCAGCCGCUCCAACUUUCUCUCCGUCCUCCAUCUCCUCACCUGUCUUUCCCUCUUUGUUACAGACUGGAUGGGGUGGAGUCACGUCUCUGAAGUAGGACAGCGUCUUAAAGGGACAUGAGACCAUAGCCUACCUACACACAUCCAAAACCUACUUUGAUUUAUUUAUUUUGUCACCAAAUAAAUUGACACGGGCAAAAUGACGUUGGUUAUUGUCAUAAAUUUCGGUAUCGGUAAAUUUUCAGUUUAUCGCCCAGCCCCAUUCUUACUCCAGGACUCCACGCUUUCUUCAUCCACCGUGGCUGUGUUUCAAAAGCAGCUCUCUGUCAUGUAUUUAACUUAUUCGGACUGAAACUGACCUAAGCGUUCUGCACGUGCUCAGAUGAGUCCGGUCCUGCUCGACGUUUCUGCCUGUUUUUGAGAAGUUUUUGCUAAAUACUGCAAAGUUCUACUCAUGUUGGUUGGAGAUGGAAUAAGAAAGAGUCUGAUUUCUAGAUGGACUCAGUCUUAGAACUAAUGUUGUGAUUUGUACCAUUCAAAUAAAUAUUGAUUGAUUGAUUGAUUGAUAAAGAGGACAUGUUGCCACCUACUGCAGUGGAGUAGUGACAGGGUGAGUUGUGAGUUAUCUGUAUAUGGAGCUAAAUUCUGAUUGGCUCUCUUCCCAACUCGUCCCGCCCCUUCCAAACAGCUACUUCAUCUUGUUUUUAGCCUCAAUACAACUUUUCAAAGCUUUUGUCCUCGUGUUUCAGCUUCUGUUUAGUUCUUGUCUUCGUUGAAGUUUGGUGAAGAGAACUUAGUUGGAAAUAUUUCAUCAUUAAACAGUUUCGUUUGACCAAAUAUUUCGUAUUUUCUCGUCUUUUUGGAUCUUUGAUUUUUUUCUCGCCCAUGAAGAUAUUUUCUACGAUGGUCAAAUAUAUAAAUAAAUCCUUCUUAGAUCACUCUUGCUCUCUCUUCUUCAGUUUCAGAGUAAUGAUCCUCUGAAACUAUGUUGUUGUUUUUUUACGACCUGAGCGUGUGCACCUUUUUAUUUCGGUUGUUUCUGACUCGCAGACAUCACGUCAUAUGAGUCAUAACAUUUUUAGAGGCCGUAAUAAAAGAUACAGUGAUGGGUGUGUGCAGAGCACUGAGGGCAUGUUUGUAGAAGAACAGAUUAAACCCCAGAGGGUCAGCAGAGCUUAUCUGCAGUCAGCGAAGAUCCUCAAAGAUACCCUCACAUAUGUUAUUCAGAGGAGGCUGUCCACUAAAGCUCCUUACAUGACCUCAAGUCUACAGUAUUUAUUUAUUUACAGUGGAUGAUCAGGACAGAAACUAAACCUCCAAACCCUCAGACCAGACAAAAACAGCGUCGAUUUAAAAUCAGCGCAGAUUCACUAAAUUAUAAAGAUCUUCAGUCUAGUGAUUAUCAAACACCAACCUGGGAUUAACCUGAGAUUAACCUGAGAUUAACCUGAGAUAAUCUUAGACUUCUGUUCAAACUGAAGAGACGAUUAUUCAUGGAAGAUAAUUUUGUGUAAUUAUCUCCAGUAGAAAAACUCGAGUCCUCUCUCUCGAGUUUGUUUUGUGGAUUUCUGAUCUUUAUUAUUCUCACAGGACCGUUAGUUUUUCAGUCCAUUCACGUCUUUUAAACGUCCUUUUUCAGGCUAAAUCACGCCGGCCUGUCAUGGCCGUAAUGUUGCCCAAAAAAAGACGUUGAAAACUGGGUUUUAGUUAGACAAUCCGAAUCUAGACGUUCUGUAGAUGUGUGGUGAAGACGUCUUUUUAACGUCUUUCCAACCACUCUUUGCUGGGUGGGUUUGACCUCAUGAAUAAUCAGGUUAACAAUGAAGAAAAUCAUUUAAUAAACAUUCAAGACAAACGUUAAAAUCACAUCAAGGUAUCAAGAAGCUCAAGGUAGUGGAGAGAAGCUUUUAUAUUCUGUAUAUUGAGAACUUCAUUUAAGGAUACGUUUGACUGUAGUUGGUCAAAUUAGCACCUUUUUUUUAUGGAAUUAAAUUAUGUGCAAGUUUUUUAGUCCAGGCUCAUCAUGCAAAUACCAAAGUUUGAUGAUCAUUUUACAGAAUUUUUCAGUCUACCCUCAUGCAGAAAAUAAAAAAAAUCUGUAGAUAUUUUUGCAGGAUUUUCUAUUCUAGGUCUGUGCAAAUAGUGACCUUUGAUAAUAUUAAGGAACUUUUGAUGCAAAUGAUCAAGUUUAAGGAUAUUUUUUAAGGAAGUUUUUCAGUCUGAGCUCACGCAGAUGAUGAAAGUUUGAUGUGUUUCUUUAAUUUAGGGACAUGUAGAUUUUUAUGUUUAUUUAUAUUUUAAGUAUUUCAGCCAAGCUUGAAGUUUAAAGAUAAUUGUCCAAGUUUUUAGUCUAGAUGCAAAAUAAUAUAUAUAUUUGUAAAAACCUGGCCUCAAAAAAGUGAAGUUUGAUUUUAUUCUUCAAAUGUUAAAUUUAAGGAUUUGGCAGAUCUUUUGGUUCUUGUCGUGUUUGAUGAUAUUUGUGGAAGUUUGGUGACGUGAACAUUAAAAACAACCAACAGAGAUACUCUCUGAACUUUACAGAAGGGCUGGUGGUCGAUAAAAUGAGGGAUGUCAGAUGAUGUAGGCGGUAAAAACUUAUUUCUGGUGAACUCUUGUGAAAUGCUGAGAUCAGGAGAUAUCAGGGGACGGCUUUCCAGGAACUCGCUUUCUUGUGAUGUUAAUCAAAUUACAACCACAGUCUCUACAAAUGAACCUCUGCACAGUCCUGUCAGACGUGAUCCUCCAAGUGCAUGCUCUGCAGAAUCCUGUCUGUGACUUUAAAGUCGUAGACUAGAGUCCUCUAAUGUGGUUUUUAUUGACCCCCUUUAGGUUCUCAUACAGCUCACUAAAUCAUCUUGAUUAGUUUCCAUCCCUUUCGUGUCAUCGGCACAUAUUUACCUCUUCCUUAUCAUUGUCCAGACUCUGUUUUUGUCUGUCUCAAGAUCACCUCUUCCCCCCUGCAGGGAAACCCCUAAAGUCUCCCAAAUCCCUCCUUCUCAAACCCCCAUAAUCCAUAAUCCCGCACCAUUCAAGUACAUUAGUGAAUUAUUCCUUUAAUCCAAAAGAGGGGAACGUCCGUAAGGCAGCUUUCAACAUGACUCGACUCGAGCCACCCCGGGAUGAAGUAAUCAACCGGGGGAUAAGCACUCAGCCAAUCAGGUCUUGUUUUAAUUUGUUUCACCCGGUCAGUGGAGUUCAAUAGCGGACUCUGUGGACCCCCUGUGUCCUUCUCAUAGGGCUAAAAGUUUCCAGUCUGUCAGUCUGUGGACGCUGGUGUGAGAAGCUUCUCUGGAAAGAGUGAACAGAGACUGUUGGUGACUCUAUGUUUGUAGUUGAGAUACAAACAACAGCAGAUGUUAAAUUUACCGGCUCGGUGCCUCUCAGCUGAUAUUUGCUUUACAUUUCCAGCUCCUGUCUUCUUGUUUUACAUCUGAACGUGUUUGAGAUUUAAGAAAACACAAAUAAAUGAAAUAAAUCUUUAAACCUGGAAACCUGAACGUCUCCAAAACUUCUCUGAAAGUCACUGAGCUCGAAGUUUUAAUCAGUUUCAAAGUAAUCAGUGACGGAUGAAGUCUGCGGCUGAUUAAAACUCUGAAAAGUUUGUUUUAUUUGAUUUGAAUUAUUGAUGAAAUUAUAUAUAAUAUACCUGUUCUAGUUUGGUAAUCUACCUCAAACUUUUGGACAGUGUGUUCGCUUGUUUUAAUCCAGUCACCUCUGUUGAUCGUCAGGCGAGUCUGUCUGACUUUGGGCUGCACGAUUAAUCGAUUUUAAAUCGUAAUCAGAUUAUUUGAUAAUGAUGAUGUUUAAAAAAUGUAAAUUGUCAAUUAAUUUUCCUCUCUAUCAUGUCUCUCACGCCUCCAGGCCACCGUAGGCUCCCCAGUUCCCACACACACCAGUGUAGACAAACAUGGCGUUUGCAAAAGAAGGCGAUAAUUUCGUGGUUAAAUAGGACAAGAGCGAGUCAGUCGUGUUGAAUUGGUACGACUUCACAGUUUCAGAUGAAGAGUAAACCACUCCCUGCUGUAAAGUCUGUCUGAAGACGGUAUCAACCCGUCACCACGGAAACGAAAUUGGCAUUUUAUCCGCUUGGAAACUGUAUUCAGGUGACUGUAAACGGUACUUUUUGAAAACGGGUCAAAGAGUAAAUAAAUCCGUAAACGACGACCAUUUCAUCUCCGUGUGGAUGAUUGUCUGCAUCUCUGGAAAUGAUCAUGUUCUGAACUCUUCUUCUGUCUUUUGUGUAUUUCCUGUUCAGCGUUACAGCGCCACUUACUGGCUUGGCAUGUGCACUACAUCGUUUUCAGUGGUUUCUUUUUGAGACAUGAUAGAAAAACUUCAUGCAGCCCUGGUCUAACUACAAAUAAAAAAGUGGAAAACCAGUUGCUUCAUCUGUACUCAUGGAGGUCGUUUCUCUUAUCUAAACUCCAGAUGUCGGUUGUCCGGCGCAACAAUAACAGUGAAAACCUUUGAAACUCCAGCCUAAAACAUUGAGGUUGUACAGACGCUGCGUAACCACAAACACAGAGCGCCAAAAGCUUCCUCGCCUCCAUGAGUAUUUUUAGCGGCUCUGGUUUAAACCCCACACACUCACAGAGUCAGUGUUUGACAGUAUCGGUGCCUUAAAUCAAACCAGCUGUUUUACAACAACAGACGUCCCACUAAUGAGCUCUGCACUCCGCUAACCCGCCCACUUCAGAGCUACAGGUUCCUCCUGAGCUGAUCGAUCCAAACCGUGGUCCAGGUUUCGGUUAAGAGCUCUUUACAUUCUCUCUCAGGUUGUGGUUUCGCCCUCAGCCGUGUAAGUGAGGGUUUACUCUGACUGAUGCUCAGGUCUCAUAAUCAGGCUGAAAGGUCGAUGAUAAAACGGUCAUGCUUUAAAAAUGUAUGAAGCAGAGGAAUAAUUGAUGAUCCAGCAGCUCAGGGAAAGAUCACAAAGCUUUCGAGAAAACUCAGCCGCUGUUUUUUUUAUAUCUAACUCCGUUUUCUUCUCGUGUUUUUGUAGGAAAUGUCGUGGGGAUCAACGCCACUGAGCCUGACCGCGCGGCCAAUGUUACCUCGCUGCUUAACGAGGAGGAGGGGCCUGAAAAGGUCAAUGAGGUGAGCGUCUCAGCCAAUCCUGAUACAAUCAGCACUGUGACCCCGAGGGCGGGCCGGAUGCCCCGUGCAGGCGAGGAGGACGAGCAAAGCAGCGGCAUGUUCGCUGAGUCAGUGGUCCCCACGGUGGAGGAAGUGGGCGUGGCCGCCCCGCCUCAGCUCAGUCCUGAUUCUGCCGAGACGGAGCACCUGUUACCCAGCAGCCCACGAGAAACCGAGGAGGUGGAGGUGGAGGAAGAGGAGGAGGAGGAGCGUCUGCCGCACACCGACCCGCCUUGGAUUCACGCCAAGGAUACAGCUGUGUUUGACCUGGACCGCCUCUUCACCACCACCCCGCCACCCGCCACCAACCCAUCCAACCCUGACAUCCUCCACGUGGACUUCUUCGACCCCUCCUCCCGUGGACGCAACCUUGACCUGGCCCCACCCUCUCCUUCAUCACUGGCUCAUGAGCUGCAGGGCGGAGACCCCACCUCCUGGGCGAUGCCGGAUAACUACGACUACCUCACCCCCUACGAGGACGGCGCCUCCCCUACCGCUGACGAGUACACCUACAGCACCACGACCGACGCCUACGAGACUGACGAAGACCUCCGACUCUCUGCCGGGUCUCGCUCCAGGCCUCGGGCCCCAGGGUCCGGCUCCUUCGUCCCCGGGGCUGCACUUCCUGGUGCGGGAGCUCCGAACAGCCCUGUCGGUGCCCCUCCUGCUGCUGCACCUGUGGACGGGUCAGACGGGAUGGGUGGAUGCCGCGUGGGGUACCAGAUGUCGAAUGGAAGCUGCCGCUCGCCAUGUGACAUGUCGCCAAACUACUGCUUCAACGGGGGACAGUGCUACCUGCUGGAGGGCAUGGGAGUCUUCUGCAGGUAUGUCGACCAAUCAAAAUGCAGUGGAAAUCCUGGGUUACAUGAAUGCACUCCUAGUUUAGACAUUACAGUCAGGCAGUCUCGUAGACUGCUCAGGGGUCCUGUUACAGGGUCGAUCAGGUAGUGACACAGUUUACCGCAAUGCUCCGAAUAUCCAUUGAACGAAGCGGCCUUGUUGCUUACCUUACCUUACAUAUUUCAACUGAUUUUUGAGCACAUUGUACCACAUAAAACUAGUCAGUAAGAACAACAAGUAAUCAUACAUAAGGUGUGCUGGAUUUUAAGGCAUACGUUCAAUUUUUGAGAAAAUGUAAGGAUUUUAAGUGCUCCUUAUAGUCCGAAAAAUACGGUAAGCAUCACAGCUGAGACGUUUGCUUUCUUCACCUUAAAAGUGUUGGUGAAAGUAGAAAAACUGAGCAUAUAGAGAGAGUUGAUUUAAAAAAAAAAAGCAACACAAGGACUCAAAAGUCGUCUAUUCUUACUGAAACGUUUACCAAGUUGACUUAAAACACAGUAAUCAGAGCUCUGCAGCUGCUUCAGGCCUCAUCAGGAUCAUCAUACGCAUCUAUAAUCGAUGAUAAAUACACUCCUCAAAGCAGAGCAAUCAGGCGCCAGUGUAUAAAAUAAAACACUCCGUCACAUGAUGUGCACAGCUCCAUGAAACUCUAGAUUCCUGCUGUUCUGCUCUGCUCAUCAGGAACAUGUGGAAAAACUCAAAAUACAUCCCCGCGUGUUUUUGUUGUUUUAACAAGAGACUUUAACGAGGAAAUGUCCCGACUUCUGCCAGGCUGUAUGCCGAGAUCCCGUUUUAUUGUGAGGGUUUGGGUUUUCUUUUGUCAUGCAAACUGGACACAAACACAUCGGCCCUGUAACAGACUCAGAAAACUGCAGUGCAAGGUUUGCAAACAUUCACAGACGUAUACAGGCUGAUUAUUCUUAUAGUCGAACCUCCAUCUGCCUCUAAACACUCCUGUUAUCAUCAGUCAUUAUUGCAACAAGCUGCACUUAUCCAAUAGAACUGCAGUGUUGAUAAUCUAGGUCAAGAGUCAAAUGGAUUAACAGAAUUAUUUAUAAAAAUAUGGUGUAAGCCUGAGAGUAGUUCCAGCGUAAUAGGAAUUUUUCUGCCAGUGCAUAUAAAAGUCAGCAGGCGCGGUGCAUCUGUGGAUCAAAACAUCCUGAUCUGAGAUGAAAACAGCAACCAAAGGGUUAAAAAAAAACACAUGAGAGGAUUACAGCCGCUGUAGAUGGAUGAGGGUUCUUCUGCUGAUUUCUAAUGAUCUAUUUCAGCCCAACCAGUGUUGUUCAUUUACGCUCCAGUGUCAGAAAUGGUUUUCAUCUGUCGAAAUGAUGAUUCAUGACAUGAGAAACUCUUUGCAUUGGGAGUUGGUGAACCGCUCCGCGAAGCGAGGGGUCGUCCCCCAGUUCCCACGGUCCUGUGUUCACUCAUGUUGUGAAAGAUCAGAGGGGGAAAUGUUGACAGUUUUAUUACAAAAGCAUGGAGGAGGAUGUAUGUUUCAAAUAAAGUUGUAUUUAUAAAAGUCAUUUCUGCAGAUAUGUGGAGUUACCAGCUCUCAAAGUCAGGAGGUCUGUGUGGAAAGUUGUACUUAGUCACUACGAUACACUGGUUUUUUUAGAUACAGUUUUCGAUCAUGUUUAUCUCCUUCGUUUUUUGACUUUGAGUGUGUGCCUCAAGUGGUCACUUUUGGAACUGCAGUUUUUAGCUCUUCCACAUUAGCGCCAAUGUUCACUUUAGAUGCUUAGAACUAUGAAAAGUUCCCGACCUUUGUGUUCGUAUUUGUUUAAUUUUCCUCCUAUGAUGCACUUGCAGUCGCUGUCAUUGGUCAACAGAGCUGUCAAUCAAAUAAUUAGUCGUCAAAACUUAACUUUGCAGAAAAAUGAACAAAUCGGCAAGAUGACAACAUAUUCUAACGAUGAAAAAACAUGUUUGUUUAUAAAAAAUCUUGAAGUACGACUCAUGUCCUAUCUUUUUAUGUAAAGGAGGCGGGGCUUAUGACCUGUACUGCAGCCAGUCAGUCAGCAGGGGGAGCUCUAAAUCUUUUGACUUAAGAGGUUUUCUCCGUUUUUAGUGUGUAGUUGUCAAUUUAAUUUAACAAAAAGUUCUAUAUAUGUGGAAAAAAGUUCUCAGUGAUUGCAAAACAGUAGUAAACAAACUUUUUAGCUAGAUUAGCAAUAGCACAGUACACUUAUGUAUAUGUAUAUGAUUAAAUUAGUAACUAACAUCUGUUUACAGACUGUAAAAUUUUGUUUUUUGAUAAAACUUUUUAUGAUUUGUGUGUUCGGUUGGAUCAGAUGAGGUUUAGAAACAGUGUUUAAAAACAGUUAACUAGCUAAAAUAUGAACCUUUUUCUCACUCAGGGCCCUGAUCUGGUUUUAAAAUCCACUUUACUUCGUCUUUUAAUUGCCAGUUAAGCCCUUUAUAGGUUACAGAAUCAUGAUAGUAUUUCUUCAGAUAGAUUUUCUUUGUCAAUCUUACUCAUGAAAAGGCAGAAUGAAAUAAUAUCACCUGUAAAUACCUCAUUACUGUCGUAACAGGCUGGAAAUGGAAAAUGUCAGACACAUUAUAAGUCGAUGUCAGAUUCAUUUGUCAGUCCCUGAGAAGAAGAAAUUGCACUUCUUUCCAUAGCUACCAUUUUGUUCUGCAGGUCAUCUUCAGUACUGAAAGCAAUCCAUCAUACGGCGAGCAAGACAGAUCAAUUUAUACACCCACAGAAGCUCUGAGGGAAACUGGCUGCACGGAAAAGUCGGCUGUAAGACUAAUUUUAUCGCUCAGGAACACCUGGACGGAGACUGAUGAGAUCCAACAAUGUUUGAUCAGAGACCGAGUUUCCAAAAACACAGGCUACAGAUUCGAGGACAGAUCCCUACAAUCAUGAAAUAAAUUAACCAACCAAUCAGUCAGGGGAGACUUCCAAUUACGGAGCAGCUGCGCUCUUUGAAAUGCAGAUUUAUACCACAGUGACAAUCGUCCGGCUGACCGUGGUGGACGGGGAAAAUAUCCUCCUGCAGACAGCUUCACGAUCCACGAUUGGUUUUAAAGUUGCCUAGUAAACAAACUUUGCAAUGAAUACAUGUUCAGGGUUAUUGCAAAGGAUUGAAUAUCAUUUUUCUUCAAUUUGAGGGCAGAGUAACUCGGGUAAUGUCGAGCAGAUGCUUCAAAUACCGCUCCUAAAAAAUAAAUAAGGUUUCGGUUGACAAACAGACGCAUAGGCGGGCAAUAAAGUAAGACGUAUUAAAGCGGGAUUUAUGAGAGCGGGUAAAAUUCAGUAGAAGAGUGAGCUGAAAGAGAUAAACACAAUUACAGGGCAGUUACCGUGGAGAGCAAGGUAUGAAUAAAUAAGAGGACACUUUAAUGGACUCACUCACAUCGUGCAGCUCCAUCCUGCAAAUGUGGAAACAGGACUGAAGCAUUUUUACAACUUGAGAUUUUAUUUAAUUGCUAAAAACCUCGUUAUGUCCUUAUUACCACUAGUUGCGCUGACAAGAACAUCAACAAGAUUAAGAAGUGUGCCAGCGUCGGAGAAAAGCAGAAAGUCUUGAUUUAGGAUGAGAGAUGAUCGAUUUCUUCUUUCCUCUUUCUGCAGAUUUUCUCACACAGCCUUGUUAGAAAAUAAAUCUUGCUAAGCGGACAACUUGAUCCAGAUAUUCGGGGCACAUUCUGGUCCUCAGUCAGCAGAUAUUAGCAGUGAUGAAGCUCCAGAGAGUGAGUCAGGCGAGGCUGCAGAGGGACCGGGAGGCGUUUCACUGCCGGGCAGGAGAGCAAUAUGGGUCACUGGAGCGCUGGCACAGAUGAGCUCCAAUAUGCUCCUCUGGAUGUGUGUGUGUGUGUGUGUUUGGACAUGAUUUGUGUGAGACUGAGUUUGCAUGCACAUAUGGACCCCAGAGAGCUCUGUGUAGAUUUGUGUGUUUGGUGUUUUGGUGCGUGCAGCUGAGCCGGAGUUGCUACAUACAUCAGGCCGAUUCAAUUACAGCAGGAUGGAUGUACGGACCUUCAGCCCUCUGCAGUAAAACACACGACCCUGUGAGGAGCUGUUCACUGACCUCAGACCAGCCUGUCGUAUCUCUGUCCAACAGGCAGGAAUAUACGUACCUGCAGACUCGGGAAGCUCACCUGCCUCAGUGUGACUCAUAUCUAAAAGUCUAAAACAACAACUUUUACACCGUCUUUGUGCCUGAAACGUGUCUGAAUUGAUCAUUUUUGAACAAUAAUACCAGAACUUUUAAUGAAUUCAUCAAAAUUACUUUCCUUUCCACACAUGGCUCAGCUCUACCAAACACAUCCGGUGUGGGUUUCACUCUAAGCCAGAUUUAUGCCUGAUGCUCGGUGUCAACUGCAAAAGCCUUUCACAGAGCCAGCUGCCAAAAACGCAGCCAGAUACUCAUUUAUGUCCCUCCAGAUUCAUCAUCGUAUGAAGUUUUCUGUUGUAAUACUUUUGAUUGAGGAGCUGCAUUUCACUUUAGAGGAGACACUUUACUACAGAGCUUUUAUUCUCCACAGACAUCGUCUCCAUCAGCCACAUACGUCGCUUCACAGAUGAUGGAAAUAUGAACUUUUAUAUAUCGUGAUGUUUGCACCGGUAUUUUCAAACUCACUUUAAUCUUUAUGCUUCAUAAUCACAGUUUUAGAUAGUUCAGAUGCGACUUUUUGACUUCUGAUACGAUACAGCUACUGUAGGCUUCAAUAUUGACCGAUACUGAUGCAGUACCAGCACGAAAUUGUUCAUGACAAGUUUUUAACUCAGCUGCAACGUCUUUUUCGGACUUAAACAAAAAAUACUUCCACACGGCCGACAUCACUCCGGCUCCACUCUACUUUGUUAGUACCUCAGUACACACUGUUGUUGUGAUUUUGCGAGCUCUACAUGCUGCUACAUCAGGACGCUGUUAGAUAGAGGUGCUGGAGUGGAGUCUGGAAUGAUAGAUGCAGGCUGAUAAAAUCCAAUAUUCAUUUUUUUGCUGAUAUUGGACCGAUAUCCGAUAUCAAUUUCAUAUCGGAACACAUCUAGUUUUUGAUUUUAAUACCAUAUAUUAUUGAUUUAUUUCACUUUUUUGGCCCAAAGAGUCACUAAACAACUGUUUUGUUCACCAGAAAAGUCAAUUUGAUGAUUGAGAAACAUAUUCGUGUGUGCCGCUAUCACAUAUGACUCUAUAUCUGAACAAAACGUCAGCAAAAUGAGGGGUUGUGUUCAAUAUUUGGCAAAAGGUUAACAAAAAGGUCGAUUAAAACACGAUUACCUCAGUGGAUGUGCUGUUUUUAUCUUUAUUAACAUUUAAGUGCAGUGCAAACUUGCAACAUGAUGAUUUUACUUUAUCAUUGUGGUUUAAAAUGACAUUUUUUCCACCUAAUCAAUCAUGCAGACUUAUUACAGAUGCCUUUAUUCCCGCUUUUUUAUUUUAACUUUGAUGUUUAAGCUUCUCUGUCAGUCUUUAAAAUGCAAAAACAGAUCAAACCCCAGAACUGGGCUGCACAAAACAGCUGCUCAAAUGUGGUUUAAGUCACAUCAGGUUAGUGGACAGUGGUUAGUGUGUUAUUUAAGACUGAUGUUAAGUAUUUAUAAACAUUUUUGUGCUUGCACCAGCUAAAGUAGAUGCAGCUCGUCAUCAUGCAUCGUUGCAGAAGAUGAGAUGACUUGGAGGAUGAUUUUACAGCCUGUUUGGCGUCCACACUUCAUUCUCGGCUCCCUGCAGUGACUGUGAUUUGUUUACUCAAGCAGAGCUAGUUUUAUCAGUAUCUUUAAGAAACCCCAAACUCUGUUAGUAAAUUUAGACGAGACUGUACAAAUCUUCACACUGAAUCUUUGAGUUUAAGUCAAACUUUUCUGGGACUGAAAGGAGGUGAAAGUAUUUAGGAAUGAGGAGUAAAAGUUCAUCUUGGGUGCACAAAGCAGAGGGAGGAAACUAAGAAUAUCUGGAUAGAGAGAGAGAGAGGAAAUACUUCUUUUUAUUUCUAUGAAGUUAAAAUCACAAAGACGACGUCUGCUGCAAGUGUUUCAAAUCGUCACUUCCUGACUUUAUUGAGUCUAAAACAGAAACUGCAGAAAGUCUUCAAAAGCUUCAGAGCAGAUGGAAACCCUUCGUAUAAAAGGGUUCAGAUAAACACGCUGCUGCUGCUUUGUGAUCUCCUCCCUUUGUUUUUGAAGACAUCUCCUCUCUUGGCUCCACUGUCCCUCCGAAUAACGGGAUCUGACAGUGAUCGAGUCGUAAAUCGCUUCUUCCUAUGAAGCCGGAGGAGCGCCGACCAUAUUGGGAGAAACAGAUGAGGAAACCGAGAGAGGAGUGAAACACAGAGGACCUGGAGGGAGAGUGUUUAUGUUCUGAAUGUUUAUUAGAUAUUGAAAGAGAGAGAAAGAGGAGUGAGAGGGUGAUGGAGGAGAGAGAGAGAGAGAGAGAGAGAGAGCGGGGGAGAAAGAAAGGAGGUGGACGGAGAGACGGAGCGAGAGAAUGAGUCAGAACUUUAAAACGCCUGCCAGUAUGGAAACGACUCAGGCGAGCCAGGUCGAGUUUAAUGUGUGUGUGUGUGUGUGUGUGUGUGUGUGUGUGUGUGUGUGUGUGUGUGUGUGUGUGUGUGUGUGUGUGUGUGUGUGUGUGUCCUGCAGCUUGAUGUAAUUAAGGGGAAUUUUAAACACCAACAGCAGUUUGUAUCCACUAUAGAUUUCAUGAUCACAUCAUGGAAAACACACUAAUAUACACCCCCCCCACACACAUGCGCACACACACACACACAUGCAUGCACACACAUAUACUGGAUUACGUGUGUAUUAGGGAUCACUUCCAAGUCAAAGAGCGUGGGGUCGUGGAAUCAGGCCAGAGGUCAAACACUCAGAGAUUUAUGGGGACCGGGGAGGACAAAAGACGCACACAAAUAACUACACACACACACACACACACACACUCAUGCGGUUUGUUUUUGCCAGAGGUAGGCCUGGCCUGACAGAUUCAAUUGUUGACACACACACGUACACACGCACACAUUUGUGUGUUGGCAGAGGACUCUUUGCUGCAGGGUGACCAAGUUUGGACUGUCAGGUUCAUGAACACAAACACACUCGUACACACACACACACACACACACACACACAAACAAGAAAGCACUUUUAGAUGUUCAUACGUCUCUAUGUGGGCGGGGCUUAAAAGCUCCUGAAUCUUAUGCUGCGUUCCAGUUGUUCUUGGAGGUCAGGAUUUCCGAGCUUCGACACCCCUCCAGAGAUGAAUGUUGUCGACCGCUUCCUUCUCUACUUAUACCAACUUUAGUAACGACCACAGGAUAGUAAUACAGAGAGCCACGCGCUCAACCAAAACGCCACUCUAUAGCCACAAAUAAUGUUCAGAACAGCACCUAACUUCAUCAACAGGACAUAUAGGGUCACAGACAUAGUACUAGACACCAAACAUCUUUUUAACUUUGACUCAUUUCUUUAGCAAAGAGACUAAAAACAACUCACCUACUCUCUUCCAGCAGCCGCUUGUUUGUGGUGAGACCUCGGGGCGAGUCCAUCAAUUGCAGCUCAAGGAAGAACAUUUAUGAUCAAAGUUGGUUUAACUAGAGAAAUAAGCGGUCGGCAACAUUCAUCUCUGGAGGGGGGUCUAACUCGGUGUUACUGUGUGUUUGACUCUAACCUAAUUUUACGCCGGAAUAUCCCUUUAAGUUGAGGAUAAUCAUCUCAGUACUAACUGACUGAUGUGACAUAAAUCUGACACGCCCCCUUUAUCAAAGGUGACCACGUGUCCGCCUGCCUGAGGGCGACUGAGCAGCUCCCGACCGAUAAUCCCGGGUCACGGUUACAGUGAUUGGAUAUGAGGGACACAUCUGGAUGUCGCUAAUUGGUUCACACUUUAUGGGAUGGCGAGGGCUCUCUGGGGACUUGGGCGUUUAUUCCAGGAGGGUUUUUGGUCACAGUUGUGUCCAGAGCUGCUCCUGAUGAUGGUGAAGAUGUGGUCGUUUAUAGAUUAUAAUGUCAGCUUCGCCACCUGAAAUAUGUGGUUUUGUGUGGGUAUCCUGAUGCUCACACUGCUGCGUGUUUGUAUAUUUGGACAUAAAUAGUUCCUCCUCUCCCUAAUUUCCCCGCUCGGCCCAAACCUUGUUAAAAAUAACCAGUUCAACAGACCAAAACAUCUGAAAAUAACCAUCUACUACGACCAGAUCUGUAAUGAGUCUGACUGUGCUGUUGCCAAAUGUAGCGCACAGAUUAUGUUGUAAUUUUUUCAAAUCUCUUUCCAGUUCUCAGAUUGUGGGAUUUAGCUUUACGGGCUGAUUGGAUGGAGCAGUUUUUCCCCACUGCGGUUACUAAUAAGGUUAUACUGGUUCCAUCUGCAUAAUGGAAGUCCAUGAUGCAGUGAUAUUUUAUUUAAGCUGGUUUGUUUUGGAUGUGCAGCAGCGGGCCGGGUGCCUCGGGGAAAUCUAGCAGGCUGGCUGCUGAAGGACAAAAAGCGUCUGACCUAAAAUAAUAACGUGAGCGCUGUCAGAUGGAGGUGGCCUGGAUUGUACCGUCACUUUCUUUUUGUUGGCUUUUCUCUUCUGUUUGUUUUAUUAGGUCUGUCGAGCUGCAGCUGCUGACUUGCUAAAUCUUACAGACAUCCUGAACCCGCUGCAGCAGCGCAGACCUCCAGGCUUCAUGAGGGGGUUUUAUUUUUCAUCCUGUCUUUCCCAUCUGAUAAACACGUGUCACAUGCUCUCAAUCAGCAGCAAAGCAGAAAAGCCAGGAAUCACAGUGACAGAGAGGGAGCGGCUGAGCAGCAGGAUGUCAGUCAUGUCAGUGGAAUUGAAUCUGCAAAUAUUCAUACCAGAGAGAAGAGAUUCUACCCUGAUAAUAAGUGACUAUAAAUUAGGAAUUAAGGAAUAUCUUAUCUCAUUUAUCUUAUCUUUGAUAUGCAGUGAAUGGUGCUGGCUGAUUAGUAAUAUACAUCAAGACAGUGAUUAGUUAAAACUGUCAAAUACUAAUUAAAAAAGCUUGAAACUAUUGCUGUCAAGUACACCAUUUUAAAAUCGCAAUUCAUCGCGAUUAAUUGCGAUUAAUCGCGAUUAAUCGCAUUUUAAUCACGUUUAAGAUUCCAUCUUUUUGCAUUUUAGAAUAGUUUUCAAGUCCAUACGGAUAAAUAAAGACAACUCUUACCAGAAUUUUUAAUGCAAGUAUCAGAUAAAUGCAGUAAGAUGAACUUUCUGGUCUUAAUUAUGAGGUUUAUUAUCAAACAAAUGCUGAACCAGCGCUAUGGGAGGUUUUGGGGCUGUAAUGAGCAGGUCCAGUUUUUCUGGUUAAUGCAACAGCAUUUGCACUUUUUAGGAGUUUUAGUUUGGUCGCAUGAAACUGCUUUUCCAUGUACUUGUGGUGCAUUUAACAGGUCACAGUGAAACUCACAGCUCUAAUUUAAGGACUUAAUAUAGUGAUCGUUUUUGAGUUAUCUUUGUCUCAAACUUGACUUAUAUUAUCAUGUUCUAACUUUUAUAUGGAGGCUUAAAUAAUCAAGUGUCAGAAUUCAGAUUUUAAUCUCGUAUCUUCUUUUGUUGAUACCGACUGAAAACUUGUCGUCCUUUAAUCAGACUCACCUUUAAGUCCUCCGGUCAGACAGGAUAUAACUCUGUCACCGCUCCUCUUCUCUAUCAGCCUUUAACAUCAAAUCCAGUUUUAAUCCUGCCCUCGACAUGACCACAUUGUUUCCCUCCCCUCCUAAAGCCCUCAGAGUAAUGAGAAAGUUUGCUCCGAUGAGGUUUUGUGUCAGAGCCAGUAUCAGAGCUGUUGUUUGAUGCUCCAAACUUGUUAUGGAAAGAAGUUUCCAGUGGCAUGAACCCUUCCUCUUCUGUCCUCUGCUGGCCUUGUAGCCUCGGAUCCACCUCUUUUUGCAGAUUUCGCUCCAUUUCCCCCCCCACCCCUUUGUGGUGAUUGCAUAAGAAAAUAGUCUUCGCUCCGAGGAAUAAACAUAUAAAAAUAGAGUUGUUUAAUGCAAAUGGAAUUUAUGCUAAGUUAUUCUGUAAACAGGGUGGCGUGCCCUCUCCUGUCAGUCCAGCUCCAGCAGCACGCUCAGGUCCGGUGUCCUGCUGCUCCUUCUACAACCUUCCAAAGACCUUGUUUUUUUCCUCUCUGCUUGAUCUGCAGCUUUAAUCAGCUGACAUCUGUUGUUAUGGAAAGUUUUGAUCUUCUGGAGAAGAUCUAGUAGUUUAGUCUAUUAUUUUAUAAUCUUGUCUUUAACUGCACUGCUUCUCAGAGUGAUAACCGGCUUUUUGAUACUUCAGGUCUAGCCGAUGAUGAAACAUAGUCAGGAAUCAGAGUGACAGAGAGGGAGCGGCUGAGCAGCAGGAUGUCAGUCAUGUCAGUAGAAAUGAAUCUGCAAAUAUUCGUACCACAGAGUAAAUUCUACCCUCAUAAUGAGUGACUUUAACAUGCAGUAAAUGGUGCAGGCUGAUUAGUAAUACACAUCAAGACAGUGAUUAGUCAAAAUACUAAUUAAAUACUAGUUAAAAAAGCUUGAAACUAUUAGCAUCAAGUAAAUCAUGUUAAAAUUGUGAUGAAUCGCAUUUAAUCACAAUCACAAUUAAUCGGGAUUAAUCAUGAUUAAUCACAUGCUUAAGAUUCCAUCUUUUUGCAGUAACAGAGAGUAAUGUCAGCAGAAAUAAAUCUGCAAAUAUUUGUACCAUAUAGAGUAAAUUUUACCCUGAUAAUAAGUGACUUUAAAUCUAUAACAAAGUAAAUUUGGAAUUUCCCCAAAUUUCUUAUUUUAUCUUAUCUUUGAUAUGCAGUAAAUGGUGCCGGCUGAUAAGUAAUACUCAUAGAGACAGUGAUAAGUUCAAACUGUCAAUUUGCUGAUUAAAUUAACAUGAAACUUUUGCUGUCAAGUAAAUCCUUUAUCAAACCACGGUUUAUCACAAUUAAUCGGGAUUAAUCGCAUUUUAAUCACAUAAUGAAGAUUCCAUCUUUUUGCAUUUUAAAUAGUUUUCAAGUCCAUAUGAUCAAAUAAAGGCAACCACUAGGGCGGCAGUCGCUCAGGAGGUAGAGCGGUCAUCCAAUAACCAGAAGGUUGGCGGUUUGAUUCCCCCCUAUCCCGAGUCUGUUUGUUGUGUUCUUGGGCAAGACACUUAACCCACCUUGCUCCCAGUGUGUGUCCUCCACUGGUGUAUGAUUGUGAGUGUUGUGUGGUGGUGGUUAGAGAGGCAAACUGGCAGCCAGCCCCAGGACAGCUGUGACUACUACGGUAGUUUACCACCAUCAGGGUGUGACUGUGUGAGUUAAUGAAUGAUGUAUCCAAUGUAAAGCACAUGAGGGUCUUUGAUAAAGUGCUAUAUGAAACCAGAUUUAUUAUUAUUAUUAUUAUUAUCAUUAUUACCAAGGCAAGUAUUAUUCCAGCAGCACGCUCAGGUCUGGUGUCCUGCUCCCCUUUUACAACUUCAGGUCUAGCCAGUGAUUAAUCAUAAAGGACUCCACCUGAGACCUCCUUUCUGAGUGUUGUUUAUUAAAUAUAUAUAUAGAAUAACAGGACAGGAAAAAGUCAGAUUUCUGAUGGUCUCCUUUGCCUCUGUUGUAUUGAUACAUUAGCAAUAGUUUGAGUUAGUUCCAUCACCAGUUCACCAGUAUCUCUGACUCUUCAAGGUAAAUCUCACUUCAGGAUUAUAACCUCCUACUGUGAGUCCUCUGCUGGUCUUAAACCAACCCAACCGUCUGUCCUGAGUCGGCCUUUCCCCCCUCCCUCCCUCCCUCUCCUUCUCACCCUCCAUUAGUCCUCAUCAAAACCAUCAGGGGGUCUUAUUAGAGGACCACAACCCCAUCUGCACUAUUGUCACCCUGUGUAAGUUAAAUUAAAGACUCUCCCUCUUUGUCUGCCUCUCCGUCUCCGGUCUAAUCAGCUAAAUAUUGAGAGCAUUUGUUAGUUCUUUGUCUUGUGGCUCAGGGCUGACCCGGUACAGGAUCUGCUGUAUUCCCACUGGGCUCCAACCACGCUUUAAAUGUGCCUGUGAUGGAGAUAAUGACAAGUAGGAGGGGAUAAAAACGCAGUGGGACACAAAGGGAAGGCCUGUGGGAUGUGUGGGAGGUUUAAUAAUGGAAGAGACCGGGAACAAGAGAGGCAGGUCUGCUGCCGGUCUGAGGCAGAGGGAUCAGGUCUUUGAAAGCUGAAAAGAGAUUUGACGGUGGAAGUUUUCUCUGUCCCUGACGAGGAGUCAUUUCCAGUUUGAUUUCAGCUCCGCAGCCAACAAGAAAUCCCCAAUCAAUCCCAAAGACCGUCUUCAAAACUUAUUAGAGAAAUUUCCUCUGCUGAAGUUUUUGUUGUACACAGAAAGGGUUGCAAAAUUCCAGGAAUUUUCAAAGUUGGAAACUUUCCAUGGGAAUUAAUGGGAAUUAAUGGGAAUAAAUCUGAAGCUGUGUCUGAAAUGAAUCACUCAAUCCCUAACCCCUAACUGCCAUAUGGGGUUUCACUUUAUAGCUGACUAUGUAGUAAACUCAAUUACCGGAGGUUUCAGAUUCUACAUGGCAAGACGCAAUGCAUGACGGGAUGCCCACCACUGGUGAGUGACCUUUGGAUGGUCACUACAUUUUGCAAUGCUCUAUGGGAAAUUUUGAGUCGCCUAAAUGGGGCACUGGAAUUGAUCACUCAGGUUUUGGACACCCCUCAAAAUGGUGAUUAUCCCCCGUAUAGUCGCCUAUAUAGGGGUUAGGGAUCCAUUUCAGACAUGGCUGGAAAUUUACAAACUUGAAGGUUGGCCCUGAACAAGGAACUUAAAUAUAGGUGGGGAAAAUAUAUUGUAUCAUAAUCGUGGCUAAAACAACCUAAUUUAAUGCAAGUACACUCCUCAAUCACAUACACACACCACACAGUUCAUUGCAGGGCUAUUGAGGCCACACCCCCUACAUGCUCUGUCCACUCCUCCGUCACAUGACCAGAUGAUUUCUUGAACCCUGGAGGCCAAACUUUAGAGCCCAAAGACAUUUGAGUCCACCAACUAUAGAAAGUCAAGUAAGUUUUUAUAGUAUCAUGGGGUAAAUAUAUUUGAUCUAUAAUAGUAUUGAUAACUAGCAAAAAUUAAAUAGAAAUAGCUGCUAAAUGUUAGCUAUUUUUUAUUUUAUUGACCAUUUAAGGGUCUAGCUUAUUAUGGUGGUGGUUGCUACCUCAAAUGUGAUGCUGUUUCUUCUGACACCUGACAGACGGUUUUCUGAAACCAAACAAUAAGUUUUAUAAAUCAAUCCUCAAACAUAUUGAAGACCAUUCCAGUUGUUCAGCCAAUAAUAUUUCUGUUCAGGCCAUUGCAUUAAUGUUUUUACAAGUUUUUUUUUAUUCUACAGAAAAAUGCCACGUUCACCAUCCGAUGUGUGUCAUGUUUUUUAAUUGUAUUAUUUUGCGUAGAUGUCUGCGUAUUACAAAACAAAAAUAUUUACAUUUAUGUUUGGAUAUGAUACAAAUUACCCCCAAUUUCAAGUUAACCUCCAUAAAUUCCCAAUAAUUCUUAAAGAAAGUUACCAAUUUGGAAUAUUUCCAAAAUUCCCCAACUUAACUCCCCAUGGAAAGUUUCUGGAAAUUUACCAGAAAUAUUUUGCCCCUUUGCAACCCUAUACACAGAUAAAUGCUACAACCAAGGCUUGACUGGGUGAGGGGAUGUGUGCACUGGUGUCCUUUUUUGGUGCCAACGGCGUCUAUUUUUCAUCCGGAGUCCACAGUUUCGAGUGCUGAUUAUCCUCAGCUCAAAAACACUCUCAGUGCUGUCUGCUUGUUGUUGCUGCACUUUCACAAUCUCAGUUGAGAAUAGCUCAACUUUAUGAACACCACAGCACUCAUUAACGCCGGCUGAAAGUAUGAGAGGCUCCUCCUGUUGACGGACAUAAAGUUUGGAUACAGACUGAGGAAAAUGCUGUGGGUCAAAAACAAACAGACAAGAGUUCAGAGCUUUAUUGUCGGCGUUUAGAUCAAGACUGCAGGCUUGUUUGAGUCCUCGUUUUGGCUCACGGGGAUUUAAAUACACAGGCAGUUCUUGUUCCUACAAUUCAGCCCGAUUGUUUUGUCAUUCCUUUCCAAUUACAAGUGCAGCAGGACAUUCAUCCUGGUCGGCUGCGUGUUUUUUUUUUUUUCCGAAUGUCAAAGAAAGAGGGUAAAAAAAAUCUGUUGCACAAUGUCAAAGCCAAGGCAUGAUUCAGCUGGAGGCGCUCAGCAAAGUGCAGGAGAGAGGAGGAGGAGGAGGAUGAAAUGGGGAGGUAAAGAGCCAGUGAACAAGAAAAGAGAUUUUAAAGAAGACAAGCAGCAGGAGAGGAGAGGAGAGGGGAGGAGGAGGAGGAGGGGUGAGGCAGGGAGAGGAAGAAAGAAAGAGAAAAUUGGACCUAGCCGCUAAAGCACGACUGCGUCCCUGCGGACGGCUGUGAAUGCAUGCGUGUGUGAGUGUGUGUGUGCGUGUGAUGGAAUGACAUGUCAGCGCCGCAUCUGCUGCGUUUACUGCUCAGCUGGGUUGCCAUGACGACCAGCACAUCCUUGCUUGCUCGCCUUCUUCCUUUGUGCAUCCCUCCCUCCCCCCAUCCCCCGCCCUCGCUCCGUCUAACUCCGACUUACAUAAACCUCGUCUUUGUGCGAAGGCAGAACGGCUCUCAGGUUGAGUGCACUGAAGUCUCCUUGAAAAUGUGAUUUCAGGCACCAUCAUCAUCAUCAUCAUCAUCAUCAUCCCUCCCUCCUUCUCUUUCUCGAUCUCUCCGUCUCUCUCGCAUGUUUCCACGUUCAAAAUGUCUCCUGGCUCCUUUCCAGCUUUUCACUUCAGCUGACCAGAUCGAGCGUCAGGCAUUCAGGAAGGAUACGGGAAAUUCAACACUGAAAAGGAGCCUGCUUAGCAUGUAGAGUCCGUAACAGGAGCGGCCUCACGUCCUGUCACCUCCAUUCACUUUGUACCUCUUCAUAUGUGUAGGUGUGUGUUUGUUUGAAGGACAUUGUGGGGACAUUGGUCUGGAAAGUCACAUGGGGACCUCUCUGUUUGUAAGAGUUGAAACAGCUGCCACAACAAAUAUCAUUAUAAUGUUUAUGUAGUAUAAUUAUCUAAGUAGUUAUGAGGUAUAUGGUUAUCAUUGUGGCAGGUCCCCAAAAAACUAACACCCGUCAAUGUAAUGUCCCCUAAAGUGAUGUAAACGUGAAUGUGUGUGUGCUGGAAACAGAGCACAGUAAAUUGCUCCAUCAUCCUGUAACUACAGCUGCUCUCUUUCUAUAAUUUCACACACUUUUCCAGCAGGAAAACAUUAAUUAAGAGCCUCCCUGGUCCUUUUUAUCAAAACCGGGUAUCAUGACACCAGCGUGCUCCAAAACUGACGGAAACAACAUCUUUGAAAUAUAUGAAAAAUACAUGAGGAGGAGAACGAGCGCUGCUCCCUUCACGCUUCAAAUACUUCCAGCAGUUUUGUAUUUUUCACUUUGUGCAUGUUUCUGUCAGAGUUUUCGACAGCCUCGUGGUCAAAAACAACACAAGGAAAAACAGUACAAGACUUUGUUUAGGAUGAACAACACACCCAUGGAGGGCGACCUCUACCUCGACCCUUAACCGUCACGAAUAGAGACAUUUUUUUAAGGAAUAACUCUCUUAAGCUGCAUAAAUUGGCAAAGAGUGUAUAGUUAGGUGUGUCAAAGCAAUGUACAAUUUAGUUAUUUGUGUUAGUUUGACGUGAAUCUCUGCCAGAUCAAUUUUAACCUUGUGAAAUUCCUCGACACGUGACAGUGAAACAGCGUAACUCAGCCUCAUUACGAAGUGAAAUAUAUUUGCUGAUUUGCACGCCAAACAGUGUGUAGACAAAGCCAUCUGCUGCCGUCGUUUAUGUCCCCAGGCGGACGCCGUCCUCUGCCAAACGGCUACACAGGGAGUCUGGGACUCUGAUGGCAGCUGUGUGUGUGUUUGUGUGUGUGUGUGUCACACAUGUGCUCAUAAUUUCCAUCCACACACAGAUGCCCGUAUGCAUUGUGUAAGAUCUUAUGAAUGCAAACGUCUUCUGUGAUCGUGUUUGUGUUUCUUUGACGGAGUGUGUGUUUAUUGUGACAGCGAGUGAGUGCGCUCGUCGCUGGAAAAUCCCGCGGGCUCCAUCUUUUUUUUGUUUCUAUUUGUAGACACACAAAGUGCCGAUUUUAUCCCGGCUUUUGAAUACAGCGUUGAAAACCUGCUGUCCGCGCUUUCAGUCUGCUCACAAGCCCGCGGUCGAUUGCUUCACAAAAACUCUUAAUGAUUUUAUGCAACAUCCAUCAGGCUGUGAAGUUUUAGGAGAUAAGUCUGAGGAGACUCCACACUGAAGCAGAUAACUUCAAACAGAAACAGAGACGAAAUCCUGAGUGGACUUUUUACAUCUUAAAUCUUUAAAUGUCUGAAAGUUUUUGUCAUCCCUCAGCCUGGAAACCUUUGGAGUAUAUUCACAAUCCUCUGCAGCCAACCUUCUGGGAAAACCGAGCUUGUACGAAGUGAUUUGAAGUGGCUCCUGUUGUGACAGAACGACAGGAGUGAUUUGCUUUGACAUGCGUGCAAAAACCACUUCCACUCCCACUCCAGCUCUCACUUCUCAAGCAGCUGCUCUUGAAUUUUUAAGUUCAGACAAGAUAUCGGAGUCAGAUGGGUUGAAAAUCAUUGACUAAAACUUGACCUUGAACUUUCUCAACAGUAAGGACUGACCAGAUAAGAUAAGACAUCGAAGUAAAUCAAACAAACCUUGAUAUCGUGGUUUGGGUUUAAUUUCCUCCAGCCUCAUUUGGACUGAAACGGGCCUAAAUGAGCAUAAAUGUUAGGAGGCCGGGUCACAGCAACACUGAUCCUGGAUCAGUUCUUCUGGAGCACUCGCUUUGGUUAGGGUGGACAUGUCUUUUUUGGGGGCUGUCAGCCUUUUCUAGGGGAGUUUAAAAUCCUUAAAAUGUCCGGGGUUUUGUCUGAAAGUUCUGAGUUUGUGUAGCGUGGACUAACUGAGUUAGAAGCACAUAAAACCCUAAUUUCUGUGUUUUUUCGCUUUUGCAUCAGUCUCCAUCCUCCCCUCUCAGACAACAUCCAGGCAGCCAAUUAGCACGACUCUUCUUAUCGUAACAUUCAGAGUAAUGCAGAGUGAGAUCAAGUUUGGCAGAUGUCUAGAACUUUAAAAAAGGAAAGAGAGUCGGGUUUCUUCUUCUUCAUCUUCUGGAGUUUGAUAACGUUGGCAAACCAGUUCAGAGACGUGUUUGUACCUCCAGCUGGGAAGAAGAGUAGGAAACCAAUUUGACUAAAAAGUCUGAACAUGUGAGAAAAAUAACUCAUCAGUAACUCACUUCUUCUUCUUCUUCUUCUUCUUCUUUCUCAGAUGUAACGUCCAGGAUUACAUCUGGCACAAGGGCGCUCGCUGCGAGUCCGUGGUGACCGAGUUCCAGGUGAUGUGUCUGGCCGUGGGCGCCUCAGCUCUGGUGGUCCUUCUGCUCUUCAUGAUCAUCGUCUGCUUCGCCAAGAAGCUCCACGUGCUCAAGACAGAGAACAAGAAGCUGCGCAAACGCAGGUGAGGCUCCACCACCACCACGAUGAACAAAAACCAGCUUUGUGUCUCUCAUGGAGCGGACCAUCCUUUCCCACCUUCGAGGCACGACUCACCUCUAGUCUCAGGCGUAGAUUUAUCUCCUUAGAUCUAUUUUCAUUCACGUUAACAAGAGAGUUUAGAGUAAUUCUCAAACUACUAAUCCAAGUUAACUCCACCUCUGUGCGUUUCUGUCCUACAAGCUCCGGGCUCGUCUUUAAAUCAGCGGACUAAUUAGUCCGAGUUUAAAAGAUCAAUCAAACAGCACUAAAAUGCAGAGUCUUUAUUGCUUUGCUCAAAGGCACAGAGCUGCAGCACAUUAUUAUCAGUCACCCAGCAGACACCCGGAGUCUCUGCUUCAGUACAUUACUCUCAUCGAUGUUAAAGAUUGAAAGAGAAAGCUCUGUUUUUGGGGGACUGGAGCUGCCUCUGAGACGAACCGUUGCCUCAGAUUGUGUUCAGUGUGAAGUUAAUAAAAAGAGAGAGAAAGAGAGUGAGGGUUAGGGAGAAAUAAGAGCCGAAGCAGGGGAACAAAGGGGCUCGAAAAAUCAAUCCGCUGCAUCGAAAAUAAAUCUCAAACGCAGGAAAGUGUAAAUAAAGAAAAGCUUAAAGAGCAAAUCCAAACGUCUGAAGGAAUCAGCAAAAAGGAAGUUGGCGGUUACAAGAGUCCAGCAUGUUAGUCCAGGGGUGAGUGUAUCCACGAUAACAGGACACUUUCAGUUAGGGCUGGGCGAUAUGACCUCAAAUCAAUAUCAUGAUGUAUUGAUCAGUUCACCUCGAUAACGAUAAAUGGACGAUAACUACUCCACCAGCUGCUCACCCCCUCCCACAUUAACUUCGUCUACUUCAGCCGCUCCGACUUUCUCUCCGUCCUCCAUCUCCUCACCUGUCUUUCCCUCUUUGUUACGGACUGGAUGGGGUGGAGUCACGUCUCUGACGUAGGACAGCGUCUUAAAGGGACAUGAGACCAUAGUCUACCUACACACAUCCAAAAACAACUUUAUUUUUUGACACGAAUAUAUUGAUAUGGCAAAAUGACGUUGAUAUUGUCGUAAAUUUCAGUAUCAGUAGAUUUUCGGUUUAUCGCUCAGCCCUACUUUUGAUAUAUUCAGGUCCCUGUAAAUGGACUUUGUGAUGUUGCACUCCAUUUUUCUUUGCUUCUUCAUCCGACACAUAAAAGUUUGAGCAUUUCUGCUCAGAAAGUCUCUGGUCGCUGUCUUCAUCGUUUGGACCUGAUUUCACCAGUGUUGUUUUCGUCAGGCAGGACGAAAACUUAAAUGACGACGUCAGACCCCUUUUUUCCUUGACGAAAAUGAGACUAAGACGAACGUCACUAAAGCUCUGUAAAGACUAAAAUGUGACGAAAAUUGUAUUGAUUUUCGUCUGACGAGAACGAGAGGAGACUAAAUUGUUAUUAGGUGGACGAACAAAGUUUCAAAACAUGCUUUUUUUUGUCCUAACAGUCACGCCCCCAUCACACACGCACCAAAAGCCUCGCUCGCGCACAGCUGCGCGCACACACUAAUACACAUACACAGAGUGGCAGGUGAACGAGGCGCACGCACACACACACACCGUGGCGGCAGGCACAGCAGCGGUGCCCGGUGGCCGAAAAAAGAGGGAUGAUUUUUGGUCCUACUUCAGAUACAGUUCAAGUGACAAUAAAACACAAUGUUUGUACGGGGACGGGGAGACGAGACAGACGACAGUUGAGGAGCCACAGCUUCCUCAUGCUGCGGCUUCAAACUGUCGGGAAAGAACACCACGAACCUCAAAAGACACCUUUUCGAGAGACUAAAACUAGACUAAAACCUUUUGAGUUUUCGUCGGACUAAAACUAGACGAAAACUAUCAAGGAUAGAAAUGACUAAAAUGGGACUAAAACGAAGACGCAUUUCGUCAAAAUGACUAAGACUAAAACUAAAUCUAAAAUGCCUGCCAAAAACAACACUGGAUUUCACAGAAAAUGUGACUUUUUUUAAUGAACGCUUUGCAGUCAUUGAAUCUGAUGAUUAUCAUAUUUUGACGCUGUAUUGAGUCCACCAUCCAUAGUCAGCUAAGCUGUAAUGAAACUGGAGAAAACUCAGUAAAGAAACCAAAUCUAAGAGGUAAAGUUGCGUCGAACUCUGCGGUAAACAACUGAAAUUUACGAUAAUAAGCAGCAGGAUUUAUCCUUCACAAGGACCAGAGACAAACAAUCUGCAGGGCUUUUGUGUUUUUGUGAAAAAUAACUCAUUCAGUGACUCAGAGUGAUGGAGGCAGUCGAGGGUUUGAGCCUUAAUUGAACCUGUUACUCUAAAGCUGCAGUGCAGACGGAUUCAGACCCUGCAUACUAAGAUGUUUCCGGCUGUUUGCCCCAGUUUCAACCUGAACACAGAGACUUUUGCGCCUGUUUCCUCCUGAUCAGUCCAGUUAUUAAACUGAUUUUAACCAAAUUAUACAAACGCAAAGAGGAAAGGUGCAGAAGUGAAUCCUUCCUUUUAUGCUUUUCCAGCAGUAGACGGAUAUUUAGGUUAGAAAUUACAUCAAGGAGGAAGAAUGAGGGCGAAGAGGAGGAUGAGGAGGAUCUGUGAGACAGAGGAAGAUGGGGGAAGAGGGGGAUGGGCAAUAAACAGAAACAGGGAGACAAGGACAGUCUGAGGGAGGAGGAGGAGGAGGAAAGGAUGGAUCAGCUGAAGUAGGAAGCAAACAAGUGAGGAUGACAAUGAAGGAAUGAGGAAGAAAGGGGAGGAGAUGAGGAGGAGCAGCCGGCAGAAAACCAGAUGACAGAAUAAAGAGGAGAAGAAGAAGGAGAAGAAGAAGCCGGUGCACACUCUGAGGUUCAGCAGGUUUUUGGGCAGAGGGAUCAAACUCAGCAGGAGUCUUGAAGUUUGAGGAUAUCUUGGUUUUACGAAACCACAUGAGCAGGAUGCACGUCAAAAUGUGUGUUUUCUCCGUCUCUUGAAUAGAUUCUGUUCAUUUUAUCAGUUUCAGAAUCAAACAGACUUAUUUGUGUUUUAAAACCUUUCCUAAAAAAAGCCACACCCUAAUAAGUAAUAAAUAAAAUGAAUAUAAUACAAAUAAAUUAUUAAAAAUAAUAGAAAAUCCAUCCAGUGACACAAACUUGAAGUAUAUGAACUUGAAAUCUGCUGCAUGAUGAUCUAGGCUGCACAUUCGCCAAAACGAGCUCGUCAGGUUUGCAAAAUAAGACAGAAAAUACCAUCUAAAGUGUGUUUAUUAUUUAUUUGAUGGAUGUCUUUAAGAGUAUCGACCACAUCAGGAUUAAAGAGCUGAUUUUAUUUGAGUUAUAGAGAAAGAAAAGGUCCGUCAGGAGGAGGUGAAGUGGAUAUUUACUGAAGGAGAGGACUGGAGUGACAGACAGAUUGAAGGAUUGAAUCUAAAGAGGAGAGGAGGCUGGAGAGUCGGGGGGGAGGAUGGGGGAGGGUGGGGGUGUCAGUUUGGCUUUGCCUCCUCUGUGUUUUAGCGGCCAUCUCCCUAGCAACAGAGCAGCGGCGGAUGAGAGCAGCCGCCCGGCCGUCGAGCGCCGAGGAUGCAAAUGUGAGCCGAGGCACCAAAUCCUCCACACCAGAUCCCACGCUAACAGGGUCUAUUUUUAACCGGACUGGAGAGGCUAGCAUGCUAGUCAUGGUGGGUGGGUGGGUGGAGAUUAUGGGCGGUGGUGAAGACGAGGGUGAGGAGGAGAUGUGCUGCCAACGACGGCGGUCGAACGACGAGCUAGCAGAAAUCGAAAAAGGGAGAAAUGGUGAUGUCAUUGGUACUCUGCAUCCAGCUGAAAGUAGGGCAGUCUGAACAGGAGGGGGGAGGGAGGGAGGGAGGACAGGGGGAGGCGGGGUUGACCUACAUACAGCUGUGCGACCUGAGGGGUGUGUGUGUGCGUGUGUGUGUGUGUGCAGCGGCGGGGUGCAGCAUGAAAGAGACAACACAGCCUCAUCAAGUGGUCGGCAAAAAGAAAUCGAAGAGGAGGAGGAAAGAUGAGAGGAGGAAAAAGGAGGGCAGGAUGAAACGGGGGAGGAGGGGAGGAGAGAAAGAGAAAGUGAAAGAGGGAAGAGGAGAGAGAAAAAAGAUCAGUGUGACACUUUCAGGGUGUGUGUGUGUGUGUGUGUGUGUGUGUGUGUGUGUGUGUGUGUGUGUGUGUGUGUGUGUGUGUGUGUGUGUGCACUGCUGACGAGGCUCAUGAAUAUAUGAGACACCCACACACCCCCAUCUGCUGUGUGUAAUUGCAGUCAGAGAGUUUCUGCUGCAAUCAAGAUCAAGAAAAAGAGGAAAAGUUCGGAGGAAAAGAACGAGAGAACGACAGACAGACAGACGGAGGGAGAGAUAGAAAGAAGGAUGCAUGACACUUAUCCUCGUUAGGAGGCAUUUCGGCUUUAUCCGUCCGUCAGAUUAAUGGUAUUCUGGGGCCUCAGGUAAAUGUUAAUCCCACCGAGCCGUGCUUCAGAUUUGGCGUCCAUAUUUAUCAGGGAGCGUCUUUCCUCUUUCUCCAAACAAACCCUGUAAAAAAAUCACUUCACAACAAACUCCCAUUAAAAUCAUCAAUACGUCUCAAUUAUCAUUAUCAGAUUGGUUUCCCUCUUUAUUCUCAGGCUGUCGAGACCAGAUCCAGUUUAAAGACGGGGUCAGACUGAGCCCUCUGUUGUUAGAUCAGACCCACUCCCACGCUGAAACACUUUGCAGGUUACUGUGGAGAGGAAGAACUUCCUUUAACAGGCAGAAACCAUGAGGAGAACCAGACUGAUAUUAGAGGGUCAUCUACUGAGACCGAGUUUAGAGAGGGGAGAGACAUAGAUGGAGGGAGAGAGAGAAAGACGGAGGUGAGACUGAUGGUGUUUUAAGUGUUUAAAACUGUGAAAUAGGCAGAAACCAUGAGGAGAACCAGACUGAUGUUAGACAGUCAUCUGCUCAGACUGGAAGAGAGAGAGAUGGAGAAAGAGUGAGAAAGACGGAGGUGAGACUGAUGGUGUUUUAAGUGUUUCAAACUGUGAAAUAGGCAGAAACCUCGAACAGAACCAGAAUGAUGUUAGAGGUCAUCUGCUGAGACUGGGAGAGGAGAGAGAUGUAGAUGGAGGGAGAGAGAGAUGGACAGAGGUGAGACUGAUGGUAUUUUAAGUUUAAAGCGUGUCAAAGUGAGCCAACAGACUAAAGGUUUUAUGUUAAGCUCAGCAAAAAACUGUUAAAUAGACAGAAACCUCGAGUAGAACCAGACUGAUGUUAGACAGUUAUCUGCUGUGACUGAGUUUAGAGAGGGAAGAGAGAGGGAGAUGGAGAAAAAGAGAGAUGGACAGAGAUGAGACCAAGGGUAUUUUAAGUCUAAAGCUUGUCAAUGUGAGCCAACAGACUGAAGGUUUUAUAAGUUCAGCAAAAACUCUUAAAUAGUCAGAAUAUCAAUAAUCCCUGCAGACAGAACAGAUGUGGAACUACUGCAGGAAGAUACCUGAACAGACUCAGAGUCCAACUUUCUGCAUACUUGUUCUUCUUGAUCGUCCAAAUGUCAGGUGUCACAGUCAGAAAAACAUUUUGGUUCAGGUCUAAAAGUAAUUUGAAGGAUUAGACAGAUAUUUGGACAAAGGUGGAUGUUGAACAAUCACUUUUCCUGCGGUGAAACUUCCAACACAGAAAUGGUGCCAAACUUCAACUUCUCUCACACUCAGCAGCUUUAUGAGAUGUUACAGCGGCGUUUAUUAAUACAAACCUGCAGUCUGCAGCUGGACUCUCGUGCGCAGAUGUUACUUAGAGGGAGUAAUCUGCUAGUUUCUGUUCAGACGGGUGCAUAUAUCUGCCGUUUAUUGCUUGUAUAGAUAGAUUUAAUGCCUUUUAUUGGUCAGCAGAGUGGAAAACAUGGGAUUAGUCCUUUGCAGCAACCUAAAACGGAUAAAGAAGAUUACAGAUGUCAAUAUUUGUAUCGAACAGAGAGCAAAGAGUCUGAUUUCGCCCCUCAGUUGGGUCACAUGAAGUAAAAUGGGGUCAAACGUUUGAUGGUCAGAGAUAGAGUUUGUUUGUUGCAUCACAGAUGAAAUGUUUGUGUUUGUUUGCCAGCUGACAAACGGACGACCUGCUGUCUCACUAAUGCUGCUUUCUUGCUUUUUUCUCCCCCUCCUUUUUCUCCGAAAAACCUCCUUCUACCAAUAAACUUAUUCCUGAAUAUCUCCUUAUCUUUACCCCGUUUGGGUCCGCUCAUCUACCUUCCUCUUUCCCCUUUUUUCUUGUCUUUCUUGGUUUUCCUCUGAUUGACCCUCGUCCUUCUCUCAUCCUCAUUUCUUCUCAAUCUUCUUCCUCCACCUGAACUCUUUUUAAAUCCUCGAACCGUCCUGCGCUUGAACUUUCUUCUCAAUCCUCUUUUCAUUAUCUUGCUCCCCAAUUUCACCGCUUUCACCCUCUUAACCCUUGACCCCUCUUUCCAUCUUCACUCGUUUUCUCUCUCCUCUCCCAUUUCUCGUUUCCAAACUUUCGCUCGUUUCUGCCACCUCUUUAAAAUCUCUUUAUCCCUCUCUUCUCUCCUCACCAUGUUUGUUUCCCUCCACUCUCCUCCUCCCCUCACCCCUCCCUCCCUCCGUCUUCCCACACCCAGCAGUAAGUACCGGCCUACAUCGGAGACGCACAAUGAUAAUUUCUCGCUGUCCACCAUCGCUGAGGGCUCCCACCCAAAUGUAAGGAAACUGUGCGACACCCCUCCUAACGUCCCUCAUGCCCGUGCAUUGGCUUACUAUGAUAACAUUAUCUGUCAGGUAACGUGGUUCUCGCCUCUCUCUCACCCCCUUUUUCUGCAUCUCCCCCGCAAACCCUGCCCGGGCCCCCUGGUUCCCGAACCCCUCCUAAUGCAUGGGCAUGAGUGUUUUCUGAGACUCCGAGGUGUGCUAAGCUGAAGAGGAGGGUGGGAGGGGGUCGGAGUGGGGAGGAAGGAUGAGGGGAGUUUUCUCAGGCUGCAGGGAAGGAAAGUAUUUGAUGCACAAAGAUGAGACGUUAAGAUCAAACGUGUUGCAGCUUCUAAUGAAGAUAUUUCUGAGUUAAUCUAAUGCUGCGUUCAAGUUACCUCAGGAGUCAAAAGUCUGAGCUGAAAAUGACGUCACACCUGAGUUCCCAGCGUUUUAGUUAUCAAGUCAGAAAAAAGCAAAAUCUGAAGCGGAAACAAGAUGGCUACGUCUGCGAAAGUUAUUUAGCACUUGUCUUGUCUGAAUAUAAGGCAAGCGCUAAAAUGACUUUCAUAUGCUUUUUUCUGACUCAGUAACGCUGGGAACUCGGGUGUGACGUCAUUUUCAGCUCCAACAUCUGUCUUGCGAGGAAACUUGAACGCAGCAUAAUUGCAUGUGAAGCUAAUCUACAGGAUUACACUCAAAACAGUCACUUAAACGUACAUUUUCUUCUGAUUGAGGAAGUUUUUAGUCUCUUUUUAUGUCCCUGAGUCAUGUCUUUAAAUUCAGUGCAGUUUUUAACCAUGGCGCCAUCAUCAUGCUAACUUUGUUGGAGUCAGAACCAGGAAAUGUCGAGGGUUUCAGCUUUUGUUCGACUGAAAAGUGCUGACCUGUCACUUAUUAUUUCUUGACAAUGUUCUCCGUAACAAACUCUGUUUAUACAUCCCUAAUAAUGACACCUUUAAAUGAACAAAUACUGUAUUUUUCGGACUUUAAGGUGAACUUAAAUUCCUUAGAUUUCCUCAAAAAUUGACAGUGCGCCUUAUAAUCCAGCACGCCUUCUGUAUGAUUACUUCUGCUUACAGACCAAUUUUAUGUGGUACAAUGCGCUUAAAAAUCUGUCGAUAUAUGUAACGAUUUUGGUUAAUUCACAGUGCGCUGUAUAAUCCGGUGCGCCUUAUCGCCCGAAAAUUACAGUAGGUCAGAUUACCCUGGAAACCGUAGCGUAAUUAUGAGGUUCUUCUCUGCUAUCCCAUGAUGGCGAAGUUGACGUCAGAGGUCCCACUCCUUAAUUCUCAUUUGUCUGAGAUGCAACAUCUCGCUGCUGCCUGAAGGUGGCAGCAGAGAGCUAACAGAUGCCUCACUAGCUAGUAGUGGCUACGCUAACGUUGUAGCAGCAUGGGUAGUUCUUUGCUACAACUGAGGUAGAAAUUGUUUGUUUUUGUUUCUUUUAAAGGUCGUAGUUUAAUAAAGCUAAAAACGCUAACUGUUUCUCAGCGGUUUAAACGUCUUUUAACGCUAGCUUGAUAAAUUUAGACGUCUCUAAAGUUUUACAUGUUUUACAUGAUGGCAAAGUCGACAUCAGAGGUCCUGCCCUUUCUUGAUUCUCAUUUGUCAGUGACCAGGAAGUGAUUUAGUCAAACAUAACAGCGCUCAAAAAGUCGAAACAAUCUUCAACUUAAUCUUCAACAGCCUUUAAACUCGUCCGACUUUUUUUGCAUGAAGCCGAGUGCUGAAAACACUCAACUGUAUUUAGUUUGACAAAAAAAACUGCAUCAGUGAACACAGUCCCUCGUGCAUCCAGAGCGGAGAAAUAAAUGUCUCUUAAUGAGGCUUUUGUCCGUUCAGGAGGAGAUUUGCAGUGAGAGGCGAGUGAAAAUGGCAGAGUGAAUUUACCUGAGAACAAAGAAAUAAAAUCAAAGGGUGAAAAAGUGAAACAGGCUGAUUUAAUCGCUCUUUUCUACUUGGUGUGACUCUGAAUCAUGCACUUGUAAGAUCUCAAAGUGAGGGCAUGCAGGUUGUUACCAUGGCUGCAUCAAGUCCUAUAGUUUAUUGUGUUUAUUGAUUGGGUUCCUCUGGUUUAUUACUUAUUGAUCGUGCACACGCUGAAGAAAUGUCAAAGUGAAAACAGUUCAGGCCCGCUGUGGAAACAUUGUUCUUUCUUUAGGGAGAGGUUGUCUGGAAAAAUCCGGCGCAUCAGGCGACAUCCCUCCGCUGUAUUUUGACUGAACGGUGUCAUCCUCGCGGCGCGCUGACAGACAGCAGACGCAGCAGCUGAGUGCAUUAACACAGUCGAGGUCGGAGGUCAAACUCCCCCUGAAACCGUGCAGUCUGAACAGUAAUGCUCUCCCCUCGCAGCGCGGUGACAGAGACAGGCAGCCUGGGCUUAACCCUGACCCCUUUAAGAGAAAACUCCCACAAUCCCUCGCUCUGACCCCCGCUCGACCCGUCUCUUUUUAACCCGCUCUCUCUUUAAUCACCUCUUGCAUCGGUAUGUCAUGGCAUUUCGGUGAUGCCGCUAACAUGCGCCACCUGGUGGACAUGUUAGCUGCUGCAGCUUUGCUUUGCUUUGCUGUUUGUUUACAAAUGAUGACGAAAUGUUUGUUUAUCCUGAAAAUGGGUUUGGAAAGUGUUUACUCUGUUUUUGGGGGGGCGGGGGGUUUGGAUCUCAAACAGGUAAGGUUAACAUGCGGGACAUGAUGUGAGAAAUGGUCGGGAUCAGGAUAAACAUCUGAGAUGCAACGUCUCGCUGCUGCCUGAUGGUGGCAGCGGAGAGCUAACUGAUGCCUCACUAACCAAAGCAUGGGUAGCUAGUAGCGGCUACGCUAACGUUGUAGCAGCAUGGGUAGUUCUGUGCUACAACUGAGGUAGAACUUGUUUUGUUUUUGUUUCUUUUAAAGGUUGUGGUACCACCCUCUGUCUACUCCAUCAGUAGUUUAAUGAAGCUAAAAAAAGCUAACUCUCUCUUACUGGUUUUAACGUCUUUUAAUGCUAGCUUGAUGAAGGUUUUCCUUUUACUAUCAUCUGAAAACCAUUUUCAUGACCCAAAAAACAUCAAAUCCCUCGUUAUUUAAACAUCCAUCGUCCCCUCUUAACAACCAUGUCAAAAUCCAGACCUUCUAACUCAACCCAGCCACACGUCAUAACCUCAAAAUCACCCUCAUCCUCUGGACUGAACAGCUGUUGUGAAUAAUCAAAGCACCUUAUUUUGGCGAACGUGAGUUUUUUUAAUGCUAUUUUUUAGCAGAGCUGUGAUGAAUGGGUUUUAUUUUUAAUCAAAUAUAUAAAUUCGCUGCUAAAUAUUUAAAUGUUCUGUAUAUUUUCAUUUAUUGUAACAGUCGGCUAAUUAUCAUUGAGUGGUACAGACAUGGCAUAGUCUUGGUAAUGUCGCCUAUGUGUUUCUAAAGCAGAGUUAAUGCUGAAUCAAACUAACUUUUGGUCAACGUACAAAAAGGCAACGUGUGUCCACUGUGUCCUUAAUUAUAAAAACAUGUUAGUCUAUUAUUGAAACAAUGAUUGACUUAUUCCUCUGAAAAAUGUGUGAUAAAAAGAAAUUAACUCUAACUAUUGAAACUAACUAUCCAGACUCACACUGCCUUUCGAACCAGGCUGUAAACACAUUUAUUGGAGCUGCAAAGAUGGGCUCUUUUGAAUGAGUGUGUUUGCAGUCUGCUCCAAGUGGACACUUUAAGUACUGCGGCUGUGAUUUGGCUUUAGAUUUAAUAUAAGAGUGCAUGACCGUAAACUCAAACUAGGAAGGUUUUUUUAGAUUCAGGUUACGAUUUUAUUCUUAUUUUAGGAAACUUUGGAAGGAAAGUUUUCUCACCACAUUAGCAGAUUAUUUUUUCACCAUUACAAAAGAAUAUUGUUCCUAAUUUUAAUCUGUAUAUCUAGAAAUUAAACUUUUGUCAGGCAAAUAUGUCUCGUAAUAAGUCCAAUAAGACUUAUUUUAGAAACUAAACAUAAGACUGUAAGCGCAGUUACAGGAAAGUUAAACUGAAGUUUUGUGUAAACUCCAUGUCUUACAUCGAGGGAUCCGAAUGAGGCCUGUUUGCCCUCUUAUUUAUCCACUGCGCCUCGGAUAAAUACACAUUUCCAGCAACUAUUCAGUCCAGGUUUAUUUUCUAACACACAAUCCAACCACAAACAAAACCCCAGUAAACAAUCGACCAUCCCAAACCAAAAACCAUCAAAACUCACAAUUUCCCUCCAAAAUAAACCCACUAAUAAAACAAAUAACCCCGAUCCCCUUCCAAACCCUGUGACGGUGGAGAACCUCACCAGAAAUAACCAAACCUACUCUAACUUUGGGAAAACACCAGAGUCUGUGUUUGACCUCAGAGACUCUGCAGUGAUCUGGGAAUAUCAGCCGACGUCUGAAGGAACGUACUCCUACUUCUGUCCUCUGUCUCCAAAACUCGAUCUCUCUCUGUCCGUUCUAUCUGUCUGCUUCUAUCUCCUCCUCUCUGUCUCGUCUUCUCUCUUUGUUUCUGUCUCGCUCUCGCUCUCUCUGUCCCCGUCUCUCUCUGAGGAUGGCUUGUAUAGUUUUUUUUGAGGAGUAUAACCCUUUGCCCCAUCCCCCUCCCCUCAGAAAACCAUGAGCAGAUACACCUGGGAGUGUAAGACCAAAGAGGAGUCCGACUGCGAGGUAAGACCAGAAUCCCGAAUAUCAGAUAGCCCCGCCCCCUUUUCUCUCUCUCUCUCUCCUUCCUAAACAGCUCUCUCAUUGUUACUGUGGCCCUGUCAAUCACCUCCUCUCAACUCGUCAGUGGAUCAAUCCAAGUAUCACCCCCUCCACAAAUAAAGACAUAAACCUAAAAAUGAAAUUAUACAACCAACAUAUCUUUACAGAAUUUAUGUGAAAUUAAAAAAAAAAAAAUUUUUAGCUCCUGUUAAUAUAAAUAUACAACAAAUCAAACACUAAUAUGGUAAAAAUGCUCUAUAAUGUUUCAGUUUAUGCUUGAAAACAGUGUAAAAACUCACCAACAUCGUGUAAACAUCACAUUAAAGAACUGAUUUUAUUUCCAUCUUCACAGUUUGAAACAAAAAAUAUAUGCUGCAGGGACUGAAUCCAACAUUAUCGGAUCCUUACAUAACGCCUGUUGAAGCAGUGAAGUACUUUUCUGGUUUAACAUUCGCCUGCCCACAUAUGCACGGGGAAAAAUGUGCAAUAGCUGCAACACACAGCGAGCGGCGAACACCGGUGCAGCUUAGCUUGGCUGACAAAGGAGGACCCGGUCCAUCCAAAACGAGUUUCCAGCAUUUCAGUCACUAAGUCGGAAAAAAGCAAAAUCUAUGAAAGUUAUUUUAGCGCUUACCUUGUCUGAAUAUAAGGCGAGCGCUAAAAUAACUAUUGUUGAUGUCGCCAUCUUGUUUCAGGACUCCGAUUUUGCUUUUUUAUGACUUGGUAACUGAAACGCUGGGAACUCUGAUGUGACCUCAUUUUUUUAGCUCGGACUUCUGACUUCUGAUGUAACUCAAACGAAGCAUAAAUCACUUGCAGCUCCAUCAUCUGUAAAGACUCAUUUAUGCUCAACGUUACAUACAGAUACAGAUACGAACCUCUCCGUCCGUGCUUCGCGUUCUUUUCGUCCGUAUUUCUGCACAUUUCCUUGAAGUUUACAGAUACGGGCCAGACGGAGCAGUACCACCGGAAACAGGGGGCAGUGUUGCUGCUGUUACUACCCGAUACACAUCUCGAGAGAGAAACGAAGAAGACAAUGGCGAGCGUUCUCAUAGAAAGGAACGGCUAUAGAAAGGAAUUCUCCGUCCUCCCACCAUGAGGCAUUUAGCGGCCUGACCGACCUCUGCCUCCUCCUACGCUGCCUCCGUUUCUGUCUCUUAUCCAAAAUAUACAUUUUCAUUCGCUCCUCCACAGUCGCCAUGUUUCUGCCAACGUAAAGGAGGCAUGAAAGUAUGUGGGCAGUGACGGAAGCAUCAUUUAAAACGGACGUGAAUAUUUUCAUACGUAUGGCGAGCAUAAAUGAGCUUCAGGUCAGAACCAAACAGACGCGGUAACGAGUUAUUUCUAUUUUGCCGCUGGUUUUUAAAGUAACUCGCCCACCACUGCGAACAAGCAUCAUCAAAGCUCGCUGUGCGUGCUGCUCUGCCCUCGCUGUAGCUGAAGCACUCAGACUUGUCAGCUCUAGCCUCACAGAUCAGUUGGUCGUGAUCCUCCAGGCGUUUCCUCAUAUAUCAGUUUCUAUCUGAGAGAGUGAUUCUACACCUCAAUGUAACGUUUACAUGCAAGUCUAUUUCAGUUGCAUGAUGCAGCCUUAACCUGCUGCCCAAAAAUUCCCCUCUGCACAGACAUUUCUGAGAUCAAUCUGCAUCAGACCUGCUGCUGAAGUCGGCUGACCUUGAGGGGACUUUGUUGCAUGUCUGGACGGAUGAUGAAUCACCUCCUCUGCUGCACACACGCAGGAAAAUCUGCUGCAGUUGGUGGAAAAGAAACUGAGUUUACAUGCAAGUGCGAAAACAGACAUGAACACGUCUAUUCUGUGAACACGCAGAGACACUAACCAGUAUUUUCUGAACACAAGCACACAAAACUCUUAAGCGCCCCUUCAGUAACACCGUCCACUGUGGCAGAUUGAACCCACUUGUCCUCAAUCUUCCCUUCACAGUAAUUUGACAGAGUCCAGCCGCACAGUUUCCUCUGCAGAAAACACAGAGAUGGGAUUGUUUUUUUGGUCAAUACUAAAUAAAUUCGACACAGGGAAUGAAUUGACCGAGCAGAGCCGGCUGUAAUUUCUAAGAAAAUGUCAUUUCUAUCGAGCGACUGAGUGAGCUCGGAGGUUGACGGAUCAAAACGGAGCUGACCUGCGAGUCCUGACGCUGCAGAGCUUUAAUCUGACUUUACCUCCGACUGACGUCUCUAAGUUUUGAUCAGGUCCACUCCUGUUCAUAUUCCUCCAUAAACACAGACCUGACACAAACACUCACACCUGUGCAAACACAAAUAUAUGCUCAGGAAGAAGAGCCAGUGGGUAAACACAAGCAAGAGUGAACACACAGAGCAGCAGCGCAGACUCUCACACCCACAGAAACAUACACAAAUAUUUAAAAUCGUACAUGUACCCAAACUGAAAAAAUAACCAAAGCUAAUAGAUUUAAUGACCGCCGGAUAUUUACAUUCAAACACACGAAGAAGAGGCUCCGUGAAAUAAACAGAAACUCACAGAAAACUUAUUUAAAAUAUACUUUAAACAACAAACAUGAACAAAUAAUCAACACAUUUCCAAUAACUCCAUCACUUUCUGCAAAAAACAACACUUUAACUUUUACUUUAACUUGUAUUUUAAUGUUUUUUAAUCUCUAAAGAGCUCCAACAGGCAAAGCUUCAGCAGGAGUCUAAAAAUUCAAUGAAACAGAAAAACAAAAUACAACAAAACUGAGAUAAAACGGUCAGAUCUUCAACAACAGGUCAAAGCAAAUAAAGAUUUAAAGAAACAAAAGAUAAAAAGAUUGUGAGACGACAAAAUCACAAAUCAGUUUUUAGGACUUUCUUCACAAUUUUGUGCCAAUAUCAGAUCAAUAUCGGUAUCGGUCAGUAUUGACGGCUACAAUAUUGGUAUCAUAUCAUAAGUCAAAAAGUUGUAUCAGGACACCCCUAAAGAAGAGUAAAGUACCACUACUGUCAAGUCACGGUCUAACAUGGCGUCGAUUGUCGUUCACUCUGACACUAUAAACAGAAUAAAAUGAUUGACCGCCGUAUGAAAAGGGUUCAAACCCUCUGCUAACCCACAAUCCACUUCAAACUCAAGCUGUCCACAUGCCUCCAUCGUCAUCAUCAUCAUCAUCAUCAUCAUCAUCAGACCCUGUUUAUCUCUGUUUCCAGCCCCCCUCUUCCAAAAAAACACACCCGCUCUAAAGUCCUCGUGACUCCGUGAUUCCCACCCACUGCCCGUCCAAUCCCACCUCCAACAAUGCACUCCAAUGAAAUCCAACAAACAAACACAUUUUCCAGUUUCACGCUGACGGGAGGACAGAGGGCCCCUAUCCCGUAACCAUGGAAGUGACGUAUCCGCACGUCCUGCCUGAAGUUACUAUCUAGGCCAGCAGCCAGCGGGUAAAUGCUCUCACUGCUCUUACUUUCUAAAAAAACAAACUUCCAUUGAUUCAAACAAGAACAUUCACUCAGGGUGUGUUUGUAAAUGCAUCGGCCUGCGGGUCAGGAUUAUCGUGUGUGUGUGUGUGUUUCAGUGUGUGUGUGUGUGUGUGGGACAAAGAGACACAGCUAGAUGCCCCGGGAUGCCCGGGCGCAGCAGGGUCGAUGAUGCCAUGCAGUAUUAAUGGGAGAUAAGAGGCUGGGAAAACAGAGCGAAAAUGGACUCAAUCAAUUUAUUUCUCCGCUCUGACCUUAAUUAAGAUCACGUGAAUUAAACCUCAUUUUGGAUAUGUAUGACGGUGGUACCAACAGAUAAAAGACCAGGAUGGAGAGUUUUAUCUGCCCCCUUUUUUUAAUUUUUAUUUUGGGACAUUAAAUAAGAAAAAAAGAGUAAAGCAGGAGGAGAUUCUGCAUGAGCGGUCAUCACCGUCCACUCGGGGAGGUAGGGAGGUCAACGGUUUGGGUUUUUUUUCUUGCAUGUGGAUGUGCAUGUGCUUCCCGGUUUGCCUGAGAGGGAUUGUGGAGGGGAGGUUGGAUGGUGUCGCUCAUGCAGCUCACCUCACUGCGUAGUGAACCAAACGAAUCAUGCCGGCUGAGCAUGACGAUUAUCAGACGGUGGAGCCUCCAAACACUGAGACGGGUGUUUGCUCAGAGUUACAAAGCAAAACCUGACCUUGUUUGGUUUUGAACAUUUGAUAGCAUUCUAAGGCAUAUUGGUGUUUUUUUUUUAAGGCUACAAAGCUGCUAAAUUAAAGGAAUCGCUUUACUUCUACACGUAUCCACAGCCUUAGGUGGUUUCUGUAAAAUAUGAUCUCCUGUUUCGGCUGGGAUACCUGUUUUAGCAUGAGGCGUGCUUUUAGUCAAGUAAGCAUCAUCACCCUUAAUACUGAGCUCCAGAUUUACUCAUUUUUUAAUGAAGGAUAAGUCUGAGGUGAAACCAAACGCCGCUAGCCAAGACUGCAGCUCCUGCCGUGAUGCUGUAAAGCUCUACUACCUGGAUGUAAACAAGCACAGAUGACCAUUGGCAUCUUGGUAUUGGACAAUUCUGCAAAACACCUGAUUAUAUGUGACGACUGUUGUGUCUAAUGCCACGGUCAGCUCUGGUAGAGGGGGAAAAUAUGAUAAAAAAUAUGAAACUCGAUGAUGAUAAGGAGCAGGUUAGCAGAAAUUAGGCAACUAGUAAAGGCAGGACCACGGCAAGGUGGUAGCUCUGGUGUUGUGCAGGAAAUAACGGUUCCAAUAAAAGCGUCGAUGCACAAGUCAAUUCCCUCUUUAUCGCUGAUUUGCAACUCUACCAGAGCUCAUUAAUCUGUUUUUUAACAGGUUAUCUCCCUCACUAUGUCAGCUAGUUUGAAAACAACAGUAUUAUGUUUAAAAGCUGUUUAGAUUAACAAGGUUAUUACCAGAUGUAUGUCCACCUUUGAUAUGAGACACCCUCUUUUCUACUCAUGCCAGUGGGUCGUCUCCCAGUUGACCCAUUACAACCAAAACAGUCAAAUGAAAACUCUCACUUUUACAGCUCUGAAACUUUGGUUUAUACGAUUUUACAGUUUGGUCUUUUUUCUGUCUUUGUCUGUUGAGGUUUUGUUCAUGAACUGACCUCCUAGAAAUGCAGUUCAGGCCAAAGUUCUGUGUGCAAACUCUCGGAGCAUCCUCGGAGACAGUUUCGGCUCAAUUCUGUGUUUUCAUGUGUUUUAAUAGUUUGGUUUCAGACAGACUAACGCGUUAAAUCGGUUCUGUGAACAACAUGUUAACCUUCUGCCUGAUUCAUGAAAUCAAGUAUUCAACAAAAAUGGGUCAUUUAGCAAGAAGCUACUCCUGGACCUGCACUUAAGAUUGGCGUGGACGUAAGUUGUGAGAUGCAGAAUUGUCCAAUAUCAUCUUUGAGUAAGAAGGUUGAAUCUCUUUGCUCUUUGCACCAUGGUAGAAGUAACUUGGUCCAGUUUGGCUACAGAAGCCGUUCAAAAUACUUUAACCGAUUGGCCGACUCAAAAUUUUAACCCAGCAUGACGUUGUUCUGUCCUGUGGUGGUUCUAACUGUGCUUUCUGCCCCCUACCCUCCACCUCCAUCAUCCCUCCUGGGUAGGAUGAUCCUAAUUCCCAGAACAAGCUGGAGGACCCGGUGAAGGCCCCGCCCAAGGAGGACGACUCCCUCAACAUCCACAACUCUCUGACCCCCAAACACGAGAACCACAAGGUCCUGGGCGAGGAGAACUCGGAGGUAAACUCACUGCAGAACAACAUGAUGUGAAAACAAAAUCAAAACAACCCCAGCAACCCGGCAACGCGACAACGAAAACAACAAGGUGCGCCGGCAACGGAACCCCUCCCCUAAAAAAAACCUCCCCUGCUCUCCGUCUAUCCGCUGCCGAGUGCGCCUAACUGGUCAACCAACCAACCGACAAACCAGCCUGUCAACAAACCAGCCAACCAACCCAGUCUGCAACCGUCUCCGACACGGCAACACUGCCACCAAGCGGCCUCUACCGCUGCAAAAAAAUACGUACACCACCAUCACCACCACAACCACCGCCGCCACUGCCCCAGCUGAGAGUAAAACCCUCCACCAGCCUCACCCUGCCGCCGCCUUGCAACCGUCCCCUUCCCCCUUUGACAUCCAAUCACGUCCCUGUUUCGCAGCCCCGCCCCCUUGUUGCUGUCACUCUUCUCUUCCUUUUCUCUUCCUAGCGCACACACAAACACACACAAACACACAUACAUGAACACACAUAAGAAGCAUACACAUACAGUGAAAAGACGACGACAUGAACACGCUUAUAUGUAGACACACGGACACACACACACACACACACCUCCCCCCUGCCUGCAUUGGUGUAUUUUGUAAAAAGAAAGAAAUCAUACAGAAGUUUAAAACGUACGUAAAACGUCAUUGUAAAAAAAAAAAAAACGUAAAGAUAAAGCUACUGAGAGGUUUUGAUGUUUGUCUGACUAAUCCAGUGAGUAUGUAUAAAUAUUGGAAAAAAAUUUGCUCGGAUUGAUUUUAAAACAAGAAAAAAAAAGAAGCAACACAAUGUGUCUUGGUUUUCAUUGAUGUGAUUUCUAAUCCUUUGAUGUACUUGUUUUUUUGUUUUUUUUUUGUACUUUUUUGGGACUAUCGAACAGAGAAUAAACAAACAAGAUUCAGACAGUUGUUGAAAUAAACCUUUUUAACAUGAUCUCUGUGGAUCCUGUGUUUUCCUCUGUGUGGUGUCCCCUUUAUUAACCCCUCUACUCCGAAAACUGUCUGCAUGGCUUCUAACGCGGCUUCGUAGAUGUGUGUCGUAGAAAUGCUGCCCCGCUCACAUGCACAUAAACACACAAAUCCAGGUUUGUUUCAAUCAUUUAUGACCUUAGCCUUUACAUAGGUGACCGUAUGUCCUCUUUUACCCGGACAUGUCCUCUUUUUCGGGGGCUGUCAGGGUUUGUCCGGGGAAGUUUAUAAAAUCCUUCAAUGUCUGCGGUUUGGUACACAAGUUCCAGCUUGUGUCAUGUGGACUUACUAAGUUAGAAGUGUGUAAAAGACACUCGAUUCUCCACGACAAACUCUCAAAAUUAACUUUUUGUGACUCCGCCCCCUCGUAGUCGUGUCCUCUUCUUGGUAAGUCAGAAAAUGGUCACCCUAGUUUACAGAUACUGAAGUUAUCAGCAUAAACUUUCACACAACUCUGACUCUGAAACAUAACUAACCCCUAAUUUCCACUUCAUGCAGAAUGGUGGCGAUUUUCGCUGUCCGCCAAUUUCUACCGGAUGCGUUUGUAAGAUGAAUAAGUGUAAUACUUAUCUACGAAACAAACCAGGUUUGCAUGGUGUGAAAUAUGAUCCGCCUGAAACAUGUAGAGUUUUAUUUUGAAAAGGAGCUGGAGGUUUUGUUUUGUGUCUUUGCCUGAUUUCAUUUCCAGCACGGGUUAAUCUGUGCGGAAUUUAUGCGGCAUGCUGCAACAUCCGGAAAAAAUAGAACUGAACUGCAGAGGGCUGGAAAGAUUUCGUAGGAAUUUGACACAUUAGCUUGAAUGGAAACUAUCAGCGAUGAUUGGUGCCAACUGCCUUUUUGCCGCCGUUCCGCAUUUGGUGGAAAUUUGGGGAAAUAGUGGAAUUAUUCGACUUCUCGACAUUCAAUGGCCUUUAAAUGUUUUUUUGUGAUAAAAAUAGGGAAACCAAUGCCAGUAGAUUAAGAUUAGCUUUAUAAAAGUCUUAAAAAUGGUGAGACUGAUAAAUGUAAUUGGAGCAGCUAGAAAGCAGGCAGGUCCACGUCUGCAGCAGCGAUCCAGAGGAAUCUACGGCAUGAUGGAGCUUAGAGACUCUUAGAAAAGACUGAGUAUCAGUGACUCUAAUUGGACAUGAUGAUUCAAAGGUAAUGACACAGACAGGAAGAGGAUGGAAAAGGAGGGAAACGUGCUCAAUGUGCCAGUUCCCUCAGCAGGUUAAACCUACAGCAGCAGAACUACCAGCUUGUCCUGGUCAGCAUUAGGGCUGCAACAUUUUGGACCUCAAUAACAGGAACAAAUGUUAAUAUGGUGAAAUGCUUUCUUGGCCGUGAUGAAGUUUGUAUGUGGUAAAGACGGCAAACAUUUAAAGCCAUCAAGACAGACAACAUACACCUCACAAACAAACGACAGAAAACUACAGGAACAGAUUAGCGCAAAAGUAGAGUAACAAGAGGAAUGAAGAAGAGUCAAAAGUGAGAUAUGAGUCUUUCAAAUGACCCUGAAAAUGAUGCAUCCAACACUAGACAAAACAAUAUCAGUUAUAAACUCUUCAAAGUUUCACUACAGUGUAAAAAAUACUCAUUUUGCUGCUGAUUUUAUGUUUUAUUCUGCGAUGCGAAGGUUAGGAGGCAAAAAUGAAGCAAUGGUCUUCACACCUCAUGACAGAAAACACCAGGUACCAGUCUGCUGCUUCUGCAUGUUUCCUGACUCCAGAGACGUCUCCCUGCUUCCAGCUGGACGCACAUCACAUGUACAAACAUGCUAACGCUAGCAAAACAGAAAAACUGCUUACAGACGCACAUGAGGAGAUUUAUACAUACAUCUUUUUUUAGACAUGCAGCACAACAACACAUGGAAAUGAACAUUAUCUGUGGGGAAACUGCCAGCAAGAUUAACAGGUAAGUGAAGACCCUGAAAUCUCAUGAAAGAAAAGACUCGACCACCAGAGGUUAUGAGCAGAAUAAUUUAUUUAUAAUAAUAAACGAGGGCUGAGGAGGAGCCACAACAAGCUAGGACUCAGGACUAACGAAAUCAGUCAAGUUAAGAACCAGGUGACACAUAUUAUCCAUGCAGAGAUUAGAGUGGGCGGGGCUGCUUUGAUAAAGACCUGCACUGAUUGGCUCCCUGAAUGUUGACUUAGAAGAGAGGGUACAGUGUAGCACAGACAGACGCCGAAGUAAUGCUGGGUUCAAGUUACCUCAGAAGUCUGAGCUGAAAAUGACGUCACACCCGAGUUCCCAGCGUUUCAGUUACAAAGUCGGAAAACAAGCCUUGUCCGAAUAUAAGGCAAGUGCUAAAAUAACUUUCCUAGAUGUAGCCAUCUUGUUUCAGGCCUCCGAUUUUUCUUUUUUCCGACUUGGUGACUGAAACGCUGGGAACUCUGGUGUGACGUCAUUUUCAGCUCAGACCUCUGAAUUCUAAGGUAACUCAAAUGCAGCAUAAGUUACACAUGUGAUCCAGAAUCUGUCCCUGAACAGGAAGAGGUGACGGUUUGAGUGUUUUUAGCUGCAGUCAAAACAACAUGUUAAAAUGCGAGUGUUGUUCCUCGUCUUCGCUCUGUAGCUGGAACAGUCUGAGGUGAAAAGUUACCUUUGUUUUCUUCACUUGUGUGUUGCAGGGAAAGACAUUUUUGUUGGUUUCUGCAGCCGACAAAAGAGCAGUUUGUGUUUCUGGCUCUUAAAUUUGACAUGUUAACCCUGCAACGCUACAAUAGAGCUCAAAAAAGUGGAAUUUCUUGAUGUGUUGCUGGUUUUGUACGCAUGCAUAUGCAAAUCAGUCUUGUAAUUCAUUCACUUAAUAGAAGCCGUGUUUGCUCAGUGGCAUUUUUCCUAUUCUCAGGGUUGCUAGGCAGGAGUAUGACUAAAGUAAACAUGAUAAGGAAAACUCGGGGUCUUUGAGUUUAUGCAGAUGCAUGCAUUAUUUAAGUUUUUACUUUAGGGUUUGGUUUGCUACCUUCAUCUCUUCGAGUAACACACUCAGAGUUAAUGAUUUUUGAUUUUGAUGCCUCGGAGAAACGCUGCCGUCCAAACACUCGGUGUCGUCAGUGUUUGUGAAUUCAACCUUUUCUUUAGAAACGAUUGUUUAGAAAUGAACUCUUCAUAUUCAUCCGGCCUCCAUACAGCAACACACACACACACCUCCCACGCAUGUUUCUGCUCCGCGCUAUACAACUUUCCUUCUUCUAUUCAGGAGGCUGAACUCGCACAAAAGAGCAUACACACACACACACACACACACACACACACACACUGACACACACACACACUGACACACACAUGCGCACACUUCACAUUCAUACAUUCACAAAGCAUCUGUCACUUUCCCAUGCUCGCUGCCACACACACUCUUUCACACACACACACACACAUUUAUAAUGCCAUUCAUUCAUGGGACAUUCAUUAUAAUUAUGUAUAGCCUGAAUCUGAAAUCUUAUAGGACAAGUCCGAGUCCUUUCACGAGUCAGUUUAGACCGGUCCACGUCAAGUAGAUCGAACCAAAUCACAAGUCAAAAACAUGAAGAAAUAUUAAGAGAACAACUGAGAAAUUUGAGCCGAGUCGUUUCAAAAGGGUCUAAAAUUACAAGUCAUUUUGGACCCAACUCAAGACUUGUUGCGAGUUAUUUAAGAAAAUUUAUGAUCAGGUCUACAUUUCUGGGUGAAACACCCAGCUAAAGACUUUUCCAGUCCAAAUCAGGUCAAAAGAAAGUCAUGACAAGUCCUCAGCAAACUUCUUAAGCGGUAAACUGAAGUCAAGUCAUAUGAACAAGUCCCGAGUUAAAUCUCUGAAAACCUUCAAAGAAAGUCUCAACUCUUGUGUCAUGUUGAGCGAGUCCAUAUUGGGUCACUUUUGAGUUGAGACAAGUUUCAAACAAUUUUGAACAAGUCAUUUGAGAGUCAAGGCGAAUUUCAAGUCAUUAGAGACAAGUGCAAGAUGGCUGGUCAAAAUUUGUGUUUAACAAGUCCAGGUUGAGUCAUGUCUAAAGUUCUGAGUUUAUUAAAGACCUGCAAGCUGAGUUAGCAUGACUCAGUACAAGUUUAAAAUACAAUCUUUGGGACAAGUCCAAGUCAAGCAAGUCUCAAGUCAUGACUUCAGUAUUUUUCAGACUUUUUAAGCUUUUUGGCCAAACUGGAUCCCAUUUGGCACAAAUCUGCAUCAAGUAACUUUAUAUUUAAGGCAAGACAAGUCUCAAGUCAUUUCAGAUAAGUCCUAUUCUCUAGUUAAUUGUGAUGAAUUGAGGUCAGGUUAUAAAUUAAGCUGGUGAAGACCCACGUUUAGACUCGUCUGGUCCAAGUCACAUAUAAAAGAAAUUCAGAAUUAUUCAAAUCAUGAAAGUCAUGAAAAGUCUUGAGCCAUUUUCCAGAGGAUAACCCAAGUCAAGUCUCACAAAGAAACCGUCAAAUCGUGUUUCAAGUUGAACAUCACACAAGUCCAAGUCAGGUCACUCGUUAUCCAAACAAGGACAUUUUUUUAGAUGAACUAAAGUAAGAAAUUUGAGUGUUGUCCGAGUCAGGUCUGAGGGGAGUCAAAGCAGAGUCAGUAUCAAGUCUCAAGUCACUCAGGACAAGUCUUUCCCCAAGUCCAAGAGCGAGAGUGUUUAGAAAUAGCUUGGGGUACAUGGGUUUUGGGGCCUUAAAUCAAGUCCAGUCCUUAAGCGGACAGUAAAUUUCAUCUCGACCCCUGACUUGGUCUUAUUGGUUGAGGUUAGUUCUGUCCUGGUUCCCACAAGGACUGCAGUGCUACUUCACCGCUCAAACCCGUCUCUGGUGUGAUAAACAGCCCUGAAUGGGUCUCAGAAGAGGCCGCAGCAUUGCCAGCUCUUUGUCGGCUCGCCUCUUUGGAUCGCUGAAAGCAACGGGUUAAACAGCGUCAUUGUAGCAGAUCCUUCCCAGGGUGGAGGGGUGCUGAUGGGUGGAGGGUGGGGGAAGGUCUGAGUGCACUUUCCUUUUUUCCAGAUACAUUAAGAGGAGGGGGUAAGAGGGCAUUUCAGACCCCCAGAGGACAGAGUAAACAGCAGGAGAAGAGUCGCAAAAACAGCAACAGCAGUGAUUAUCACUCCCUGAUUCCUGUCAGACCUUUUUCUAGACUAGCACAGACUCUCAGGGACGUGUGAAAGUUGGCACAGGCAGAAGGACAUGACUGCACAUGCUCAGACACCUACACACACUCACUGACAGAGGGAGGCAGGGAGUCAUGGCAACAAGUGGUGUUACGCUACCGACAGCGAGAAGUGAAGCACAACGGGGGAGUAGCUGUCAUCCUCAGAGUAACACUGAGCCUUUCUGCCCGUCGUCUUCAGGAGGAUGAGGAGGAAAAGCUCAGAUCGAGUUUAUUCUGUUUUUAACAAGAUGAUGUAAUCUGAUACCGUCCAAGAUAGACAACAAAGCUAAUGCUAUUAGUGCUGCUAAUUCUCUAAUCCUCGAUUUAGAGUCAUAAUAUGCAGAUUUAAGCAUCAUUGAACUGUAAUGCCCUCCAGAUUAAACCACAAAUUACAUGUAUUAAAAUCCCCAAUACAACCAGUACAAACCAGUCCAAACCAGCACCUUUGUUCCUUAAGUUUUCUUUGAAUCUGGGUCUUGAUACCCUGAAGGGAUCUGGUUCAGAUUCAAAGACAGUAUCCAGGGCUUGACACUAACUUUUUUCACAUCUGCUACCAAGUUGAAAAAGUAAGGAGCACACAAAGAACUUUAGAGGCACAAUAAAAAUUGAUCAGAUAAUGUUUGUCUUAUUGGUCGACAUGAGAACUGUUAUUUGAAAUCAAUUUUAGGUCUUUGGUCACAUAACAUGGAAGCUAUUGAAGGAAAUGUUCAAAAUUUGCCUUCAAAUUUAACACCAAACUUUUUUAGAGGACAGAUGAGGGAAAUAAAGAGAUGUGUCUUAUUGUCCGACCUUAGUGCUAUUAUUUGAAAUUAAUUUUAGGUCCGUUGGUCACGUGACAUGGAAGCUACUAAAGGAAGACAGCCUUUUUUGAGAACAUCAACCGGUAAUUUAUUGACGGUCCCUUCUUAAAAGACACCAGUAGAUCAACCUAAAACUAACUUCACCGCCGUAUUUACAUGAAAAAACUUUUGUUGCCUCGGCUGAUUUUUUUUAUGCGCAUGUGACCCUAAAUACAUUUUACAAUUCACAAACAUCGCAAAUGCGAGUGAAACAGUCCCAUUGUUGAGCCCUGGAAUCAUCUUUUUCUUUCCUCCCUGACGAUCGAAUUUCGGCAGCUACUGUCAUGAUGUUUUGUGAUCUUAGUUUUCUCCUUGUGUUGUUUUUUUUAAUAGUGUAUUUUCUUUGUGUUUCUGUUCACCUGUGAUCCAGUCUUGUGAGUUUUCAGUUUGUGUCUGACCCUGUUUCCCUCAUGUUCUCAGUGUUUUAUUCUUUAGGUCAGUUUUCAGUGUUUCCUGUUUUAUUUUGUAGUAGUUGAUUCCUUGUGUUUCUAGUCUACUAUUUCCUCAGUUUUCCUUCCUUUGUUAUUGUCCUCACCUGUGUCUCAGUGUCUCACCUGCCUCUCGUUGCUCGUUUCCCUGUGUGUAUAUAACCUUCCCCUGUUUCUGUGUUGGUUCAUUGUGUUGUAUGUUUGUUUGUCGGUGUUUGUGUGUGCUUGUCUUCCCCGUGAAUCCCCUGUGAUUUUUGCUGCCUUGGAUUUUGCCCCUUGUGUUUUUUUUCUGUCGGACAUUUAAAAUAAGUUUUUGUUGCUUUUUUAUUUAAUUCAUUUUUGUUCUGCAUUUGGGCCUUUUCCUCAUUGUUUAACUCUGGAUCUUGACAGCUACAUCUGAAGUGGGCAGCAUUUUUCCUCCUCAUCAUCACCAUCAUGUGAAUUCAGUAUUAGAUAAUUUUAUUAGAAACACUAUUUGGGUAAAGAAAUUGACCCAACGCUGAUCUAAAAUUUUCCUACAACUUGUGUCGACAGCAUUAUUACAGUCACCAGCAUCCAAGAUCUGAAGUUUAAUAUAUUUUUAACCAGCUAGUUUAAUAAUACAGCCAACUAAAAGAGAAAUAUGUCAACAGGUAAGGUAAAACCAUAAAUUGUGAUUUUUGUCCUUUUCAUGGAGUGAUUUGAUGUGAUGAGUCUGACUGACAAAUACUGUUUAGAGUCAAUUAUAGACUCUGACUCUUUACUUUGAUUAAAGACCAGUAUUAAAUGAAAAUUAAUCUACAUGUAUGUUGUCAUAAAACCACAUCAUCCCAAUCCACAAAACAAAAGACCAAAUCUGUGCAGAAAUAUUCUCAGUCUCAGGAUGCUUGUCUUUGCCGAUUCUUAACUCGUCUCUUUUUCUGCUGCUGGUGUCAAAUAAAACGCUGCAGCAGCCAAAAGUGAGUAUAUAUCAAUUACCUCUGCAGACACUAACAUCCGCACAGCCACUGAAAAAUGAGAGGCUGAGUGUCAUUUACACAGAGCGUUUCAACUCCAUCACAGUGCAUCUCAAAACUUCUACGACGUCUGUGAUUGUGCGACUGCUGCUGAAUUAUUCAAAGAGGACUUAUUGAGACGUAAUGAUUGUCCUGAUAAGAAUAAGACUGAUUCAGAUCAGAGAGGUCAAGGACACGCUGAAAACAUGUGACAAAGCAUUCAGGUGAACCUCAGACGGAUGAUUGUCAGAGCUCAGAGGAGUUGAAGAGGCGGAUUUAAAGCCGCGUCGUGGAUUUGGACAAUACCUGAUCCCUCUGAGUGAGGGAGCGGCUGAAUGAUCAGUGUCUGUCAGAGCUGUAAAAGGACACAUUAACCUCUGUUAGCAUGUGUGUGUGUGAGGAAGUGUGUGUCUGUGUGUAAGUGUGUAAUUCGCUGCUUACUGCUGACCUUUUGAAGAUUUUUCCUCUAUCACUCUCUCUCUCUCUCUCUCGCUCUCUCUCUUUCUCUCUCUCUCUCGCUUUCUCUUUCGCUCUCACUUAUCUGCUGCUGGCGGCAAUUUCAUGCAUCUUCAGACAGAGGGAGCGUUGUUGCCAUGGAAACCCACUCUGAUGCUACAAUCUCAGCAAACAAGAUCCAAACUCAGUGACCCCCCAGUUUCCUCUGCCUUCACACACACACACACACGCACACACACACACAUCGAACACACACAUCAAACACACACACACACACACACACACACACACACACACACACACACACACACACACACACACACACACACUUACGAGGCAGAUUAAGAGUCUCUUCGGCAGCUUUGCAGACAUCAAGUGAUAAAGUGUCGCCUAUCGGAGCAUUAGCGCCGCUCUUGACUUCACAUCAGGUUAAAAGUUAAAUCCCGCCAUCUCUCCAGACGACCCUAAUCCUCUCCUCCGCAGCUGCCCAGCUGUCACUUACAGUUCUCUCACUGCGCCUAAACACACACACUUAAACACACACACACUUAAACACAAACACACUUAAACACAAACACACUUAAACACACAGGUAAGGGAAGAUGCAUUAUCUGUCUAUUUGUAUGAUCAGCAGUAAGAGGAUGCAGUAAAUUAAGUAAAAAUGAUCAUUUUAUCACUUUUAAAUACAGAUCUAAAACUGGUGUUGCAGUGAAAUGAUAAAUCGUCAAUAUUUACAGUCACUCUGUCACCAUAUUUGUCUGAUUUUACACUCAGAGGUUUUUAAAAAGGUAAUGUUUACAGAUUUGUUAAAGGUUGGAAGUCGUACUAAUGAGGAAAACCUUCAAACUUCUCCAAUUGAUCAGAAAAUAAAUAAUUUUCCUCUCAUAUCAUAUCCUCUAAACCAUGUGAAACAGUAAAGUUAUGUCAAUGAAUCCAAAAAACUGAGCUGUGCGCUUCUAUAAGGGGGUUAAAAUAUGAAUGGGGGGCACUGAGGGGGUAAGGAAAGGAAAUAGGAAACGGAGAACAUGGGAGAGGCAUGUUAGGAUUUCUUCUUUUUUUUUUUAUCUGCUGCUCCAAGUCAAACCUGCUGGGACUCGGGAUUCAUCAGCCGUCUGUGAUUGGCUGACGAUGUGGUGGAAUGAUGGUGUUAGGAUCUUGAAGGGGCCUCCGUGAUUGGCUGCUGCAGACACGCAUGCACGCAUGAUGGUGCCACACACUCACAGAACACACACACACACACACAGAGUCAUGGAUGUAUGUCGACUCAAAAGCACACAUGAAAAAUGAAAAUGCUCACAGAAACACAAAAUGGACCGUCCUCACAAACACGGUUGCAGAAAUCUUGAAGCUGAAUUCACAGAGAAAAGUGCACGGUGCUCUUAAUUCAGAUUUACAUGCAUGCACGCACACAUGCACACAGUGUGCCUUACAAAGCCGCCUGAAAAGAAGGGAUUGAAACCCAAAGGGAAGAGGAGAGAGAAGCGAGGGGGGUUAAAGUCUAAUGAAUCGCUCUGGCACCGUCUCGUUUACUAAUGAGGCUCUGAGGAAUGCUGAUGAUCAGAACAGGACCCUUUGGCUUCUUUUCUGAUGGAAAUGCAGAGAUACAUUACCCGUCUGAAGCAGAGCAACACCCCCCCUCCUGCUCUCUUUCUAUCGGGCUACGUGUUGAAUGAGUGACUGGUUUGGCAGGGAGGUGGUUUGAUGGCUGCGGCUUCAGAGGAUGUCAACGUACAUGAGGAAGACUGAUAAUUAAGACGCCGGAGGAGCUGCUUGAUUAAACUCAGUUCUAGAUUGUUUCAGUAAAAAAGUGGUUUCUUUUUUUGACGUCAACCUGGAAAUCCAAACAGUUUUCAAUACUGAACUCUCACUAUUUCACAUCAGGCACAGUGGUGUAGUGGUUAGCACUGUCGCCUCCCUGCAAGUAGGUCCUGGGUUCGAAUCCGACGUCUCUGUUUGGAGUUUGCAUGUUCUCCCUGUGUCUGCGUGGGUUAACUCCGGGCACUCCGGUUUCCUCCCACAUCCCAAAAACGUGCAGAAGUGGGGUUAGGUAAAUGGGCCACUUUCAAAUUGCACAUAGGUGUGAGCGUGGAUCCAGCCCCCCCACGAUCUUUAAAGGGAAUAAGCGGUAGAAGAUGGAUGGAAGGAUGGCAUUGUGCAGGCGCCCUAACAGGACAAUGUUGGGAAACUUUUCAAAGAAGACACGUCAUGAAUUAUUCUCACAACAUAAUGCGACUUUAUUCUCGUAAGAUUCAGAUUUUUCUUCUUUGCUUUUGACCUCUUUUUAACCUCUAGAUUUCCUGCUCCAUGGCUCAGGUACCAGAGAGGCCAGUUUCUCUCUCUGAGUCUUUGAACUUUUUUCAUUCAGCCACAUUUAACAGUAAAUAUCAUCUCAAGAUGCUUUACACAAAGAGAUGGUCUAGUCUGCACUGAAGGAGGAGGUCAUCAGGGUCAAGAUCAAGUCCCAUCUUGUGGGAUCAGAUGCUAGACUGAUGCCAAUCUUCUGCAGUUAUAUCAGUAGAGAAUGUCUCUCUGAGGUGUUUGGUGCUGAAAAUAAUAACUUCAGUUUUGUAAGAAUUGAGUUGCGGAAGGUUUCUGGUCAUCCCGAUCUUAGAGACAUGCUUCAAGUGAAGUUAAUCUGUUGGUUUCCUCUGGUUACGGUUGGUCAAUAUAAUCAAGUGUCAUCUGCUUAGCAGUGAAAAAAUAUGGAUUGUUUCUUGAUAAAACUACCCAGAUGAAACAUUUAUAAUGGGAGCAGGACUGGUCCUAGCACUGAACCCUGUGGAACUCCAUCACUGACCUUGGUGUGCACACAGGACUUGAACAUUAACAUGCAUAAAUGGAGGCCAAUCCAAUGAGUAUGAUUACAAUCAAGUAAUCAAGUUAAUCAUUGAAGUCUCAGUAACAGGAAGUGAAGAUCAGGUCAGAAAUAUCCCAACAACUCUUGGUUUGAUUGCUCUGAACGUUGGUACAAGGUGAUCUUCUGACUUUUUCUUUAAAAUUUAGCAAGAUUUCCCCUUCGAAUGUCAGUACAGCUGCUUCAUGGUCACGCUCCUUAGCUUAUAGCACUAUUCCUGAAGGGCUGUUGGCGAGCUAACAUUAACAUGUAGCUCAAAGCACCACCUUGCUAACGUCUACCAUUGUCAUUUUUAAAAACUCCUAUAUGAAAAACAUGGUAAAAACCAAAAACAGUCCGUUCAGAUCAGUUUCAAUCACUUUAUCGUUGCUGAUUUUCUUUUGGCAGGUAUCCAUCGACUUGGAGAUCCACCUCGUUAAAAAGGCCAAGUUCCAGUCUGCCAGGGGUCCUCUGGCCCACUAUGACAUCUACCUCAGCAGGAUGCCCAAAACCAAACCCAAACUCCAAAACGGGCCACGAAACAAAGCCGUGAAGUUCUCAAGGAGAGAGAGGACUAAAGGUCGAGUCCUGCGAUGGCAGGACGACGAGGAUCCUCCUUCUCCCACCUGCUCCAUCUGCAGCCCCGUCAGCACUCGCUCACUGCCCGCCUCCGUCAUCUACGAGAGGCCCAUACGGUGGACUAUGAACCCUUGCACUCCCUGA